GGCAAGGCAUGCACCGAAGGGCCAGGAUCAUGCUAACAGCUCUGAUUUGUACCAGCACUCCACAGUCUGUUCUGCUCCUCCACUAAGGGGCAGCGAGUUAUGGGGGUUAAGGCCGGUACUUUCUCUCCUUGGAGUCAUAGUGACAUCUCUCAUUAUUAAUAUAUGUUAAAUGAGAUGCUUCGUCGAUGCACCCAGAAAGGGGUGAGUGACAAAGGGUGGAUUGGUCAGUAUCAGUUCUGUCCUUUCUCCUAUUUUCCAUUUGCAACAUCCAGAACUAGCUGAUACCCAAGAGAGGUGUUGUCAGUGGCUUCUGAAUGCAUAUAGGGGAAAUGUUUGGCUUUACUCUCGUAGUUGCUUCUGAUUCCACUUAUUCUGAGAGUAGAAAGACUAGGCAGAGGUAUUGGGAGGGUUGGGCCAGCCUUCCCCCAAUGCCUGGUGCAUUCUGGAUGUUUCGAACUACAACUCCCAAGAGCUCCAGCACCGUACGGUUGAGCCAUCUGAGGCUGUUGGGGGUUGUAGUCCAAAAAUGUCUGGAGGGCACUAGGUUGGGGGAAGGCUGCCUUAAGUAAUGCCCAUUUUUUACAGCUGCCCAAAGUGAUUAAACGUACCAUGGAAACACACAUUGCGGCUAAAUGCAAAGUUUGAUGCUGCCAGCUGGCCGUUCCACCCUCCGAGCGCACCUUGGCGUCAAGAGCUUCUAGCCUGCCCUUCCAGAGGACUCGGGAAUUCUAGAUCUUGCCCCCUAGUUCUAAUAAUCCACAGGUCUCCACUCUCAAUUCCAGAGAAGGCAGGCAUCCAGGCCCUUGGCCCACUAGAGCCCGCUCUGUCCUCCAGUUCCCCAACGCCUCCUUUCACCGGCAGGUGUCACAACUGCAGCCCUUCAGCAACUCAGCCGGUGCGUGAGUUUUCCUGCAAAAUAUCCGGAGGGCACCAGGUUAGGGAAGGGAAGGUUUCCUCGCCUCUCUCUUUAUACCUGCCGAGGUCCAGCAUGUUGUUGUUGCUGAGUCGUUUAGUCGUGCCUGACUCUUCGUGACCCCCUGGACCAGAGCACGCCAGGCCCUCCUGUCUUCCACUGCCUCCCGCAGUUUGGUCAAACUCAUGCUGGUCGCUUCGAGAACACUGUCCAGCCAUCUCGUCCUCCGUCGUCCCCUUCUCCUUGCGCCCUCCAUCUUUCCCAACAUCAAGGUCUUUUCCAGGGAGUCUUCUCUUCUCCUGAGGUGGCCAAAGUCUUGGAGCCGCAGCUUCAGGAUCUGUCCUUCCAGUGAGCACUCAGGGCUGAUUUCCUUCGGAAUGGAGAGGUUUGAUCUUCUUGCAGUCCAUGGGACUCUCCAGAGUCUCCUCCAGCGCCAGAAUUCAAAAGCAUCCAUUCUUCGGCGAUCAGCCUUCUUGAUGGUCCAGCUCUCACUUCCAUACAUCACUACUGGGAAAACCAUGGCUUUAACUAUACGUACCUUUGUUGGGAGGAGAGGCCUCUCAAUAUCUACUAGCCAGGAUGGCCAGGCACUUCUGAACACCAGCUGCCGAGAACUGCAGGAGAGGGCUGGUCUUGCGUUCGAAUCCUGCUCGGGGGCUUCCCCAUUGAGGCAUCUGGUUGAACAGGAUGCUGGCCACUUGGGCCUGAUCCUGCGUUUGCGACGGCCGCCGUCCCAACCUGCCUGCAAGCAAGAAAAAGCAUGAAACAAUAAGAUAGAAGGGGCUAUUAAAGUCGCUUUUAACGCAGAGAAAAACACCGGCUGAGGAACGGGCUCCCUGUUGCAAAUCUCAGCUUUCCAGGGUUGGAAAACCAGGGGCUGGAUCUUGGCAGCCCCUUCCUCUGGGCCUCCGUCCCCAUAUCUUCGCCCAACCCAGGCAUCCCUCCUUCCUUCUUCCCUGCUGGGCGUCUGAUACACGAAAGAUGAAGGUGGGUCUGUCUCCUUGCUGGGCCUCCUGGGAGCCCCUCUCCUGGGCACAAGGCGCGCUCUGCUCUUUGGAACUACAACUCCCAGCCACCCCCAGCCCCCAGUCCCUGGCCGGUGGGAGUUGUAGUCCCAAGCGCCUGGCCGGCGCCACCUUGGCCAAGGCUGGCCUCAGGCCAGGGCACACGGUUCUGCAAGCCGCCUCAAGGUCCCAGAUUCAUUAUGAAGCAGCAUAUAUAUAUAUAUAUAUAUAUAUAUAUACACCUUUAGCUCGCUGAAAUGCAUAAAAAUAAAUCUGAGAAUGCCCCCCAGCUGCACUGAGGUUCAUCAACACUCUGCACAUGCCCAGAGGCGUUUCCUUCUAGGCUUCAAAGGAGUUGGGCUGUUAGAUGCGCCUCCCUUUCUUCACAUCAUUGGACAGGGAGGCACUCUGCACAUGCCCAGAGAAGGGAGACAGGCCGUAAUUCACUGAGGGCUUCCCGCCCUUCUCUCCCUGCCCCCACCAGCCCGUUGGGAGAACGGCCUGCCAGUCAGAACGCGUCCCCCCCCUUUUCCCAGUGCAGAUUGGUUAGUUGCGUUGCCAUUCAAACUUCAAGUGCCCGCCUCUGCUGAGGUGAGACUGAAUCUGAUUGGACUCCGUCUUAUUCCCUCAGACUCCCAGCACCCACCCUUCCAGAGGGAAGUUGCUGAUUGGUCCGCCUCGCUGCCACUCUUCGCCCUCUUCUUACCCCCAAGGCCGUCAAAGGACCUGCCCCGCCUCAGUCACCUCACGCCGCCUCAGUCUUUCAACUGUUGGCGCCAAAACUACGGGUGGGCGCGGCCACUUUCCUGAUUGGUCGCCCUUCUCUCUCUCUCCUUCCGAGCGCUGUGAUAAGCCCGGAUUCACGUUGCUUGGGCAAUGAUUGGUCAAUAGUUUCACGCCCUGCCUCUAUGAAUCCCAUUGGCUGCGGCAGGCGCGAGGCAAAAUCACGGAGCGCUUUCAGUCUGGGGGUGGUGGCCUUAGGAACCGCCUCCUCGGUAAGGGAUUGGCCGAAGCGGUAGUCAGCGCCCUUCGCGGAUCUCUCAUUGGCCAACAGCCGCCCCCUCUCUUCUUCCUCCGCCCGCGCCCUUGAUUGGAGCGAAAGGAGGAAGAACCCGACGGCCCAUUUCCACGCCAUUGGUCGCCUGCUUCGGCUGCGCCCCGCCUGACGCGCCGCGAUUGGCGGCUCCCCGCGUGGCCGGCUCCUCAUAGGCCGAGGCGGCUCCUCGGGACCCGCCCCCUUUGGCUGGGGUCUCGCCGCUCCUGCCCGCGAGCUCUCAGUCGGCCAGCGGCUGCCUCAGCGAGCACAGCGGAGCCUGCGGGAUGGCGGCGGGCGAGGGCGGGGCCGACGCGCUGCCCCCGCCCUCCCCCUCCUGGCCCGGCCCGCUCCCUGGGCCCGAGCGGGCCUUGGAGGAAGCGGCGGCUUCGGGCAGCCUGAGCCUGGCCGGGCGGCGCCUCAGACACUUCCCCGGCGGAGCAGCCCGGCGCUGGGACCUCAGCGACACCACGCAGGCGGGUGAGCAGACCGGCCACGCCCAUCUCCCCUGACCCCGCCCCUUGGCUCCUCCCCUUCCCACCUCGUUUCCCAGCAACCAACCCUUGGCCACGCCCACAGGUGGAGAAGCUCCCCCCUCCUUUAGGGGUCUUCAUCUUUCUGGCCACUCCCCUCUUUUUGGCCACGCCCUCCCAAACCACCCUCUUUCGAAAUUAUCGAUUGAUUGCAUUGUGCUGGUAUUGCAUCUCCCCCCCCCUCCAAGUUCUGUGCAUGGUUCCUCCCCAUGGUAAUUUAGUCCCCCCCACACAACAACCCUGCGAGGUAGGUUCCAGCCUUUCUCAACCUGUGGGUCCCCAGAUGUGGUUGGACUACAACUCCCAUCACCCCUAUCUAGCAAGGGAUGAUGGGAGUUGUAGUCCAAUGGCGUCUGGGGACCCACAGGUUCAGAACCGCUGGACCGGAGGCAGGCACUGGCGCCCAGUGUCUCCCAGGGAGCUUCAUAUGUGCUGAGUGGAGGAUUUGAACCCUGGUUUUGCCCUCAUUUAAUCCCCACAACAGUAGGGAGGCGAGGCUGAGAGGGGUUGACUGCCCCCCAAGGUGGCCUUCAGAUCCAGAUUCCCCAUCGUCUCCUCUUUAUUUACACAACUUCCCUGCAAGGUAGGCCAAGAUGAGAAUGGGCUAGGCAAGGAGUCGGAUUUGGGCCCUCCUGCCCCGGUCCAGUCGCUUGAUGACGACAGCUGCAUCCUGGAGCGCUUCUGUAUCUUGUCCUCACAUCAACUCCGCUGUUCUUUCAGUAUCAGGAUUUCCCCGUCCUUCUCCUGGUGAUACUCAAACGGCACUCUUGUGUUGGGGAGUUCCAAAGGCUUUCCCUUGUCCUCCACUUUGGUUGCAGCUGCGUUUUGGAACGCCAAGUGGUGUUUGGGGUGGUUGUUGAGCGAUGUGGCAGAAUCUUGCACUCGGAGGUGCCCAGCUCCUGUGGGCAGGAGACCCUAUCUUUCCCGUGUGCCUGUGUGUGAGUGAAGAGGCCGUGCAACGGCUGGAAUGGGGCCUCCAAGUCGAGGGGAGCUGGGAGUCUGCCUUCCGGUGUCGCUGUGCCAUCCAUCACAUUUCCCCAGGAGCCAGACCUGAAUUCUGCCCAUGAAAAAUUCCCACCCCAUAAAACAAGAGGGUCACUACAGUUGAAAUAACAGGGGCGCCCAGGCGCCCAAAGGCAAGUGGCAGCUUCUGGGAACCGUAGCCGCCAGGAUUUGCAAUAGUGUGGGGUUGGGCUGGAUGCCUGAGUUGAGAUUCCUGCCUUGCAGCGGGUUGGGCUAGAGGACCUUUGAGUGUCCCUUUCAACUCCAUGAUUCUACCCCGGGGAUGAAGGAAAUUGUGGCCCUCCACACGUAGGACCCCGGCUCCCUUCCGCCUCUGGCAGUGUGGGUGGCAAGUGAUGCCGAAAGUUGUAGUGUGCCAUCAUCUGAGGGCCACAGCCCCCUGUUCCUGCCUUAGCACCCAGUGGAGUUAGCAGAAAGACUUUUAAGCGAGUGCGUUUGAGUGUGCCUGCCAAGGCAGGCGACUUCCUUCACCUUGAGGGCGAGGUUUUUCUGUCUCUUUCUGGUGAAGGAAAUGGGCGUAUCUGACGGUAUCUCCGGAGAAUCUCUGGUUCUUGCGGAAGCCCGGCCCUUGCUUGGCAGAUCUUUGCGAUAUGGGGGGUGGGAGAGAGAUAAGACCCUUGCUGCCCUUUGCUGCCAUUCCUAAGCGGGUAGCCUUGGCGUCUGCCUUGCCCUCGAGCAUUUCAAAGUCGGCUUACACAGCAGGCCGUCUUCAGUCAAAUCCUCCCUUUUUUUACAAGGAACACAGCAUGAGUUAAUUUAUGUUUUUCUGACACUAAAACCACCCCAGUCUCCUUUUCUUUGGGGAUGAAGCUGGGAAGGUGGCGGCGGCAGCAGCAACUGCUUCAGCCAAGUGGGGUGGGGGGUCUUCUGGUUUCCAGCGUGUGACACUUGUGGCAGUGACAGCCUGUGAGGGGGGGUCAAGACAGGGAGCGUUCCUUUGCAUGCGCCAGCCCCGCUCUCUCUUCCUGUGCCGCUUUGCAUAGCUUCCUCAUGCCGCCGUUCUGCAAAUGUGCUGCUGCUGUCGAUGGCUGACUACUUCUCUCCCACUCUUCCUCCCCCCCCCCCCAGCAACGCUUCUGCCAUUUGGAGUGCGGGAGGCCUCCUGUCACCCGCAAAUCCCUGCCACCCGCACCCUCGCUUGGCGCAAGUGCUGCUUGGUGGGCAGGAGGGCUGGGGGUGGGCUGUGGGGGAGGGAAAAAUAGCUCCCUCCCCCUUGGAAGAGGUGAGUCAGCAGAGGCUGUGCAGCGUGUUUUGUUCUCGCAGCCUCCCAAGCUGGCUGGCUGGCUGCUGAAAUAACUUCCAGGGCUAGCGUUGUUGUCCGGUGUGAAGUUAAAAAGGUAAAGGGACCCCUGACCAUUAGGUCCAGUUGUGGCUGACUCUGGGGUUGCGGCACUCAUCUCGCUUUACUGGCCGAGGGAGCCGGCAUGCAGAUUCCGGGUCAUGUGGCCAGCAUGGCUAAGCCGCUUCUGGCGAACCAGAGCAGCGCACGGAAAUGCCGUUUACCUUCCCGCCGGAGCGGUACCUAUUUAUCUACUUGCACUUUUGACGUGCUUUCGAACUGCUAGGUUGGCAGGAGCAGGGACCGAGCAACGGGAGCUCACCCCGUCACGGGGAUUCGAACCGCCGACCUUCUGAUCGGCAAGUCCCAAGCUCUGUGGUUUAACCCACAGUGCCAGUUAGCUGCUGGGAAAUAUCCCUGCUUUCAUCCCCCAACCCCUCCAAGGUGAAGGAUCUGUUUCCCUCAGCAGCCAGCGAAAUGGUUCCCGGAAGCCCACAAGCCAGAGAUGUGCAGGCAGAAGCCUCUUCUGUGUGCUAAGUGACCCACGGACAGAUUUUUCCUCUUAUUCAAGUUGCCUUCAAAUUCCAGUUUCUGGAAACUGCAGGAGGGGAGAGUUGCAGCUUGCGAGUAUCCCACAGGUAUACAGGAUGCUGGACUAAGAUGGCCCCCCACUGGCCAGAUCUAGCGGUCUCUUCUUACAAAUUUGUUUAGCCCUCUUUGGGCUCCAGCCAAGCUGCUUCCCAUCGCUGGGUCUUGUGGCAGGGAGUUCCAGUGGGUAAGGAUGGCGCCGCUGUGUCAGGGGGCGCUUCCUCUUUUGUUCAGCACAGAUGGCGUGAGGUAAUGACUUCUGUCCCUGUGGUGGGAAGAAACAGUUGAGCAGCCUGCCCUCUUCCACCCCUUCUGAAUUAGGUCAUGGGGAAGUGGCAGUGCAGAAGCGAAGCAAGUUGCCUCUGAGGUUUUUUGGGGGUGUGAAUGCCUCUUUUGCAGCCGUCCUAAUCUUGCUUUCCUCUGCAGCUUAUAGCAAAAUCCUAUCCAUGUCAUAGGGUCACAGAAUUGCAGAGUUGGAAGGGACACCGAGGGUCAUCCAGUCCAACCCUCUGCAAUGCCUGCACACUGAGUCCAGCCAGCCUGAUGCAGUGGGCAAACAUUAAUCCAGAACUUGGGGGAGAUCAGGGUUCAAAUCCCCACAGGGCCAUAAAGCCCACUGGGCAACCGUGGACCAGUCCCACUCUCAGCCUGACCCACCUCACAGGGUGGUUGUGAAGAUAAAAAUGGGAAAAUGUUUAUGCCUCCUUGAAUUGCUUGGAGGAAAGGUGGAGUAGAACUCUAGUCAUACGAAUAAAAAAGGCCAUUGCGUUCAGGAUUCUAGCCUUGUGUCUUUGUUUGCAAGAUUGUGAGAGGCAGGAGCUGUGGGGGUCCUCCGAGGUUUGUUGGUUGUGUGAAAACUUGGACCUCGCUGUGCUUGGGACCAGUAAGAGGCAGGACAGAGAACCCAGAGAGAUCUUGUGACCAUCUCAGAUCCUGCUGGGAUUAGCCAAUGGCGCUAUCUAUAUCUGUAUCAUAUAUGUAUAGAUAUAAUCUUUUUAUUGGAUUCCAGCAAAAGAUCACACCCUUCUUGACACUUACUGACUCAGUUUAUAUAGGUAAAGGUAAAGGGACCCCUGACCCUUAGGUCCAGUCGUGGCCGACUCUGGGGUUGCGGCGCUCAUCUCGCUUUACUGGCCGAGGGAGCCGGCGUACAGCUUCCGGGUCAUGUGGCCAGCAUGACUAACUGCUAGGUGGGCAGGAGCAGGGACUGAGCAACAGGAGCUCACCCAGUCAUUGCGGGGAUUCGAACCGCCAACCUUCUGAUCGGCAAGUCCUAGGCUCUGUGGUUUAACCCACAGCGCCACCAUUUGUUGUUAAAUUUAUACGCUGCCCUUCUUCCAAAGGCACCCAGGGCAGCAAGCGAUGUACGUUUCAGAAACAUAUUUAAAGCAAUUCCAAUACAGAUGCAAACUAGGAAAGAUCUCAAAAGGUUUGUUGGAAGAGGAAGGCCCUCCCCUUGGGAGGGGGCCCCCCUCUACUUUUGCUUUGCCUGUUCCGUCUCUAAGGCGCGUUGUGCUCCAAAGGAGGAACAGCAGCUGCCAGGGGCGGUUUGUCAAUUCACCCCCCAAACAUAGAGCAACCGUGGCUUGCAAAUUCCCUUCCAACCGCAGUUUCCGAUUCUGGUUUGCUGGUCAGCUGGAAACCUUGGUUUGUCAAUACGGCCAUCGCACUAUACGUGGGAGUAUGUUAGCUUUCUUAACCUUGGUUUGGUGUGAUAUCUGAAUUGUGACACGCUGUGUAACAGAACAGACUUGUGUGUGGGAGAGAGAAUUCAUUUAAGUGAUGUGAACUGGGAACAUAAUUAUUGAAAAGCUGGAUUUGCAAGGGGGUGGGAUUCGCAACUAGAUGUAAGAUGUCCUUCCUGGAUGAAACGGCAAGGCUGCUCUGCGCCUUGGAGUCUGUCUCAUCUUCAGCCUUGCUCAGCUUGGCCUGGGGAGUCCACUAGAGGAUGCCGUUUUAUCCCCGCCAGAACUGCCAGGGCUCAUGUUGGGCUUGGCGCUGAUGGCAUCCUUGAAAGGCAGCCUUUGCCUCUCACCUCUGGCCUCCAGAGGUUCUGGACUCCAUCUGCCCUCGGCCCCAGGCAGCAUGGCAGCAAGAUGAUGCGGGGGCUGUUGGGCGCUUCCAUCCCAAAGCACCCAGAGGGCACCAGGUUGGCAGAGGCGGCUUCAAGGCCAGGCCCAGCUGGCACAAGCAGACAGAUCUUGCUGGAGGUGACUCUGGCAUGGAAAAACUGACUGGGAGUGUUGCAGACUCCUCUCCCUUCCACCUUGCCUUGCGGCAGAUUAACCCGCUGUGAUGCAUGAGGCCUGCUCGGCUCAAUCCCUUCAGCAAAGCUGGAAGUUUGCAGAUCAGGGCGGUUUUGUGAUGGCCCAUGGCAAAAGCGAUGGCAGUUUUGCAAACGCCUGGGCCUCUGUUUGCAUUCCUCUUGGGCCCUUUCCUGGUUCGUGAGUGGUGUUAGCCUGUUAGAAAGAAGAGUAAGCCCAAUCUUUAAACAUGGCUGCCUGUAUUUGCGCGAUGCGGGUGGCGCUGUGGUGUAAGCCACUGAGCCUAGGGCUUGUCGAUUGGAAGGUCAGCGGUUCGAAUCCCCGCGACGGGGUGAGCUCCCAUUGCUCGGUCCCUGCUCCUGCCAACCUAGCAGUUUGAAAGCACAUCAAAGUGCAAGUAGAUAAGUAGGUACCGCUCCGGCGGGAAGGUAAAGGGCGUUUCCGUGCACUGCUCUGGUUCGCCAGAAGCAGCUCAGUCAUGCUGGCCACAUGACCCGGAAAAACUUUCUGCGGACAAACGCCGGCUCCCUCGGCCUGAAAGUGAGAUGAGCACCACAACCCCAGAGUCGUUCGCGACUGGACUUAACUGUCAGGGGUCCUUUACCUUUGACCUGUAUUUGCAGGUGCCGGUGGCGGAAGACUGCCUCUUUAUGCUCUGAGCCUGCAGUGGCUCUGAUCUGGGCACUCUUUCCAUGUCCAUGAGCUGCUUCGUCCUGGAGGCAGCUUCGUUGAAACCCUUAUUUGUUUAGGGAGAGGUGGGUCAGGGGCUGGCCUGCCAGUUGCCCAGCUGGCUGCCUGGGGCGCCAGUUCCUAGGAGGAGGAGAAGCUUGGCAUGCCCUGGGCAGAAAGUGAGAGAGUCCCUGCAUUUUUCCAGCAUGCUGUAAGCUGCUCCUGUGACCGACUUCUGAAGGGAAGCACUGAGUUUGCAUGAGGCCCCGGAUCUCCGGAGGCGAGUUUUGCAGCAGCCGGGUUGUGUGGCAGGGGGCUGUGCACACUCCCAGUUCCAGUUCUGCUUCGGGAAGUCUUGGGUUUUCCCCCUCCUGAUAUCCAGGCCUCCCUGAGAUUAUGCUUUUUUAAAAACAUUCCCUUAGAUGUUUCUGUGACAAAAGUGGAGAGCAGCAGGGGCGCCUGGCCGUCCUACAUGCAGCAAAAUGUGGAUUGCCUGGCUUGGUGGGAUGUGCUUGCAGAUAAUCCAACUAUUUUAAAGUGACCCUUGAAUCCGUUGGACCCAACCACCCUGCAUCUUGCAGGACUGUUUCAAUGCAGCCUUGCAAAUAAGUUCACGAAAGUUAUCGUCUCCCAAAGAGACCUCUGCUGGUCUGCUCACCAGUGUUAGUUGUGACGGCCACAUCAGCAGCCCCUUGUGUGGAUGGGUGGAUAGCAGACCUACCAACCAGGAGUCCUGGGUGAUAUAGCAAUAUAUUGUCCGAAGCCAGUUUGAAGUCCAUAUCGUAAUCUUGCUUUCAUAAUUUCUAAGCUGGUGAUAUAAUCACGAAUCAUGAUGUGUGGGUGGGUGCUAUGCAAAAAUCACAAUGCGGGGGAAACCGUGAAGCCAUCCAGUGCCUCUGCUUAGCUCCACCCUUAUUUCAGACACUGUGAUGUACUGGUAUAUCACAAUGUUUAAAGGUAAAGGGACCCCUGACCAUUAGGUCCAGUCGUGGCUGACUCUGGGGUUGCGGCGCUCAUCUCGCUUUGUUGGCCAAGCUUCCGGGUCAUGUGGCCAGCAUGACUAAGCCGCUUCUGGCGAACCAGAGCAGCGCAUGGAAAUGCCAUUUACCUUCCCACAGGAGCAGUACCUAUUUAUCUACUUGUACUUUGACGUGCUUAUGAACUACUAGGUUGGCAGGAGCAGGGACCAAGCAAUGGGAGCUCACCCUGUCGCGGGGAUUCAAACCGCUGACCUUCUGAUCGGCAAGUCCUAGGCUCUCUGGUUUAACCCACAGCGCCACCCGCGUCCCAUCAAAAUGUUGAAAACCAGGUAUCACCGAGCCCUACCAGCCAGGUCCAGUUUUCAAGGUCCAGCCUUGCUUGCUUGGAGAUGAUUCUUACUUGCCGCUGGCAAGCAACUGUCAGCAAGCCGCCUUCAAGUUCUGCUGCCCUGAGUGUUGAAUGGUUUCUUUAAAUGUAAAGGUUCAUCAUUGUUCCACCCGAUGUGUAUGUCUUUAAGGGGCCAGAGCAAGGGCCAGAGCAAAAGAACGAGACCCAGCUUUACCGCUGUGAAACAUAGCGGGUGCUGCUGAGUUGUAUUGAUUAAGCUGUGUCAGCAAUUGGGUGUAGUAUAUAAGGAGCAGCACCUAGCUCUCCCAUUCCCCUGGGGGAUGGGUUGGGGGUUGGGUCUGGUUUGUUGUUGAUGUAUUUAGUGUAAAUGGAGUUUUUGUUUUUCUUAUUAAAACCUUGCUUAAGUCAUUUUUGAGUCCCUUUUUAAUGCAUGGUCUCCCCAGCAAGCUCUCUGCAGCGCUACCAUACUGCAAAUAGCCAACACUGAGGCCUCGGGAGAAAUUAUUUUUAAAAAAAAUUUAAAAAGAAAACCCCGAAAUCCUGGAAAUACUAGUGGGCUGUUAGGGUAAUUCAUGCUGAAUUAUCUUUCGUGCUGAAAAAUCUGCCUUCCUGUGUAAUUCUGUAUUAUUAUUAUUAUUAAGCAAUUCAUCCCCCGUCCUUCUGGCUGGGUCUCCCAGACAGGUUGUUAAAACUGGCUCAGGGGCUUCCGUCCCCCUCUUUAUGUCCGUGCCACCUUGCCCCCCGCCAUUCCCUGGGGCUUGGCAGUGCCUUAUGCUCCGUCCAGAUUGCCUGCGUGGCUAUGGGAGCCUGCUUGCUCCAAAACCAGGCAGCGAGAGACUGUUCCAGGAAGCCAUCUGCACUCCAGAGCAGCUUUCCAAAGCUGCUCAAGGGCAGUUGGAACAAAAAUGUGGAGGGCUCCUUUCCCCUUCUGAUAAACUCUGCCCAACUGGCCAAGGCUCUCCGUCGCUGCAAGGCUUCUGUGCCAGGCAGAUGCCCCUGUCUCGCCUCACCUGAGGCUCCACGCGGAGCCAUUCCCAGCCUGGGUCCCAAAUCUCUUCUGAUUCCAGGAGCGAGUGGGAGCUUGGGGCCUGAGGCUCCCAGGCCAGAAGGGAGCCAAGAGCUUUGCUGAGCUUCCCCCUCGGCUUGGCUGCCGGGAAUCCACGCCUACCGUGAGAAAAAGUUAGGAAAUAUUGGACUCUCGGGGCCUUUUGCAGCUGUGUGUUUCCCUCUGGGAGAGCUGGAACGGGGAGGGGGCGCCUGGAACAAGGGGGAGGGAUAGGAAAGCGGAAGUUGGAAUCUCCCUUUUGACCCGGGCCAGUGGUCAGGGUGGUGAUGGGACUUGGAAGCACAACGCAAGGCACAACAUCCCCGUCCCUAAGAGAAUCAGAAGGGCCCGGUUGAUCAGGGAAAGGGCCCACCCAGGAGAGAGCAUCCUGCUCUCACAGUCAGUGUUAGAAGUAAGCCAGGCGCGUUUUGCGACUGGCGCAGGUCCAGUUGCGACCAGCUGGAGAUCUCUGGACACCAGGUUGGUUGGCGAUGGACAUCUCCAUCUGGCUGACCCCUCCAGCUUCCUUCCGCAGGUCAGCAGAAGAGCUUAUUCCAGGCUUCCUCAACCUCGGCCCUCCAGAUGUUUUGAGACUACAACUCCCAGCAUGGGACCACUGGUCCUGCUAGCUAGGGAUCAUGGGAGUUGUAGGCCAAAAACAUCUGGAGGGCCGAGGCUGAGGAAGCCUGGUUUAUUCAUUGCAUUUAUAUCCCUCCUUUUCCUCCAAGGAGUCCAUGGUUCACCCCCCACCUCAGUUAAUCCAUACAGCGACCCUGCGAGGGAGGUGAAGAGGCGGCGACUGGCUCCAGGGUCCCCCGGGGAGCUUCAGGGCUGAGUGGGGAUCCGAACUCAGAUCUCCCAAGUCUCGGUCCAGCACUCCCACCAUGGCACCACCCUGGCUUCCUAGAGUCCUCCUUUGAUGGGGCAACUCUUUGAAUUAAGUCAGUGAAUCAAUUAAGGGGAAGCAAAAUGUCACUUAGAGCAGGAUCCGAAAUAUUUUCCUGGAAGCUUGAAUGUGGAUCAUUUUAUUUGAUAACGUGUUGUAAACUGCUUUGAGAUCCGUUCUUUACAAUAUAAAGUGGUUUAGAAGUGUGGGUGCCUAGACGUUCCGUUGCAGCAGCCCUAACCUCGGUUUAAGGUGCCAUUUGCCAAUUCGAUUAUGAGUUUCUAGCCUAGUGACCAAACAUGUGCCUCUUCUGGGAAACCUGCGAGCAGCAGCCUCCUCUUCUGUGGUUUCUAGCUACUGGUGUUCAGAAGCAGGACUGCCUACAAACCAGGACUCCCACUUCUCAGUCUCUUGCCGGUACCCAUCUAAGAGAGACGCCACCAAGUGACUCCCGUGACGCCCAGGGACCGUGGGGAAUCCACAGCAACUGGUUGGGGUUGAUGGAGGCUGCAAUCUGAAACUUCUCAAGGGUGCCUGAGAAGUUGGGGAAGGCUGCCCUGGCGAGUCCCCUGCCCGAUCCUGGGAAUGGCGGCUCUCUGGGGUCUUCUCCCACCCUGUCCCUCCCUCUCUGCCUUUCUCUGAAUGCACGAGCCCUUCUCUUCUCCUCCCCCCACCAGUCCAGCUGCCAGGCAAGACAAUGGAGGCAGCGCAUGGGGAGCUUUUCUGCUUUUGUCGGCCACAGCGAACAGCUGCCCUCCUCAUUCCGGCAGGCCGAGAAACUCAGCAUCAUCCCCACUUGCACCGCAGGGGCAGGCCGGAGCGACGGCCUCGGGGUUUGGUGCGGCUUGUCAUCUCCGGUUAAGUUGACGCGGAGGCCAGGGAGGGGGGCUUUGUGUCGGGAAGCUGCCCCCACCCACCCUGACAGCAGGACCCUUUGUGGUGCACGCUCUCCCCCACUGUCCCAGCACCCCAUGAGAGAGAGAGAGCUGUCCCUUUUCUGCCGACCUUGGGAGAAUUGGUCCUCCCCUUUUGAGCCCUGUCCCAAGCUAGAGUUUGGGGGGAGUGUGAUGUGCGAGAGAGGUCACCUCUGGUGGAGCCACGGUCCAAGUCCGCUUUCUGGAGCCGCCUUUCUCAGAAGGGGUGUGAAUUUGGGGUACGACCAUACCUUGCAAGUGGAAGGUCCCAGGUCCUGGGAAGGGCCAGGAGACACACCUGCUCAAAAACCUGGAAUACCGUUGCCCGACAGUGCGUAUCAGCCGUGGGUCUCAAAGGUGCCCUUGAACUACAACUUCCACACACACCCUAACCGCUGGCCAGGAGUGUUGGGAGUUGUAGUCCGAGAACAACUGGGGACCCAAGGUUGGGCUGAAUGGACCCCAAUAGUCCGUCCCAGUAGAAGGUGGUUUCUGUCAUCCAAAUGUAGCCUGGGACCAGCACAACCAUUGCCCAAGUAUUUCCGUGGGCUGGGGUGAUGGCAACCAGGGUCCAGAACAUCUGGAAGGCUCCAGCUGGGGGAAGGCUGAUCUAAGUUUCCUUAAGGAAGGAGAUUCCCACCAAAUGUCCAGAAGAACUUUCUGGCAGUAAGAGCUGCUCUGUAACGGAACGGGAGGUUGAGGACGCUUCUUCCUUGGAGGUUUUUGAGCAGAGUUUGCUGGGCAACCUAUCGUCAUCAUCAACAUAAAAUUUAUUAUUUAUAUCCCACCCAUCUGGCUGGGCUUCCCCAACCACACUGGGCAGCUCCCAAUCAAAUAUCAAAAACAAAAUACAGCAUUAAGCAUUUAAAACUUCCCUAAAUAGAGCUGCCUACAGCUGUCUUCAUCAUCAUCAUCAUCAUCAUCAUCAUCAUCAUCAAAUUUGUUAUUUAUACCCCGCCCAUCUGGCUGGGUUUUCCCAGUGUGGUGUAGUGGUUAAUAGAGCCAGUGUGGUGUAGUGGUUAAGAGCAGUGGACUCGUAAUCUGGUGAACCUGGUUCGAUUCCCUGCUCCUCCACCUGCAGUUGCUGGGUGACCUUGGGCCAGUCACACUUCUCUGAAGUCUCUCAGCCCCACUCACCUCACAGAGUGUUUGUUGUGGGGGAGGAAGGGAAAGGAGAAUGUUAGCCGCUUUGAGACUCCUUAGGGUAGUGAUAAAGCAGGAUAUCAAAUCCAAACUCUGGGCAGCUCCCAACAGAACACCAAGAACAAUAAUAAAAAAGCAACAGCAUCAGACAUUACAAAACUUCCCUAAACAGGGCUGCCUUCAGAUGUCUUCUAAAAGUCAGAUAGUUUAUUUCUUUGACAUCUGAUGGGAGGGCGUUCCACAGGGCGCCACCACCGAGAAGGCCCUCUGCCUGGUUCCCUGUAACCUCGCUUCUUGCAGGAAGAACCACCAGAAGGCCCUCAGAGCUGGACCUCCGUGUCCGGGCUGGACGAUGGGGUUGGAGACGCUCCUUCAGGGAUACUGGGCUGAGGCCAUUUAGGGCUUUAAAGCACCAACACUUUGAAUUGUGCUUGGAAACGUACUGGGAGCCAGUGUAGGUCUUUCAGGACUGGUGGUAUGUGGUCUUGGUGGCCGCUCCCAGAUCCCUGCAUUCUUUGCAGAGGGUUGGACUGGAUGAUCCCUGGGGGUCCCUUUACAAUUCCAUGCUUCUGCAUCUCUGCUGUUGGCCUUGAGGUUCAGGCAGGAUUUCCGUUGAAAGAGUUGGUUCUUAAGGCAACCUGGUUCCCAUCCCGACACUUUAGGGCAGGGUUGCCUAAUCCGUAGCCCAGUGCUCAGUGGUGAGGGAAGCCGAGCAGCCAGUGGCCACCUGGAAUGGCCAGAACAGUCCAGCCCCCCUCAUGGUUUAAGGGCUUUCUUUCAACACAAAGAGCUCUUCAUAUGGCCACAGGAUGCUGCCUUUGGGCCUGAUCCCGCAGGCUCCUCUGGGGCUGCCAAUGUGAGUGGGGCAUAACUGAGGCCAACUCUGGUGUCCUGAAGGAUUCAGAACUAGCCCCACACUGCAAACCCCCUAAAGUUCUGGGGUUCUCUGGUUGCAAACCUAGGAAGGUGCUUUCUGCUACCCAGCCAGACCCAGUUCCAACAGUCAUACAACAUAUCUUCACAUCUUAUACAAUAUUUUUGACUUCCGUCAACACCUCUGAUGAUUUUCCGUUCUUUAUCACUUAUUCUGCAUUUCUUAAUUUCCUAUUACACUUAAUUAUCCUUAACUAAUAAUUCUUUUCGUAGUCUUUCUUGCAAUGUUUCAAAUAAUCCACCCUACAAAACUUCUUGCAAUCCUACUAGUGUAAUCUGUUCAUCACAAUUACUUUUCAGAUAGUUCAUAUAUUUACUCCAGUCUUCUAAGAAUCUCUGGUCCCGCAGGUUUCAAAUCCUUCCUGUUAAUUUAUCUAGUUCUGCAUAGUCCAUCAACUUCAUCAUUCUUCUUUCGUCGGCAGUUCUUCUUGCUUCCAUUUUUGUGCCAAUAAUAUUCUUGCUGCUGUCAUUGCAUAUAGAAACAACUUACAAUCCUGUCUAUUAAUAUCCUCUCCAACAAUGCCAAGUAAAAAUGCUUCUGGUUUCUUAAUAAAGCCAGGGGUACCUAGUCUUAGAAUCAUAGAGUUGGAAGAGACCACAAGGGCCAUCGAGUAUUAACUCUCGGCAAUGCAGGAACCCCAGAUGAGCAUGUUCUGAAACAUUCCCCUUUAACCAGCCUGCCCUUUUCCCACCUGGAUAGCCCAAAUAUUGCACUGCAACAGAGGAUCUGAACAUUGGGGUAUCCUUUCCACCCAAACCCCACCAGGCUGGUGUCUCCUAGUCCUCCUUUCUGCCGCACGCAGGCACUUUGUGGGGAAAAGCACAACGCUUGUUUUGCUCUUGAGCAGGAAGGACGGUGGCCCUGCUGGGGUUGGGGAGGCGCCGGCCGCUUCUGCCAGCCGACCUGUUCAAACCAGUCCUUGCACAAAGGAGGCCUUUGCUGUGCUCUUGGCGGCCUGGGGUGCACAGCAGGGCCAAGUUGCAAACCCGUUUUGUUGCUUUCGGAAGCGCGCUUCCUUCUAGGCCAGCCUUGGGCCCUUGAUCACCAGGGGAAGGCGGCCUUAAUGCUAGCAGUCGUGGUUUUGGGAAGCGCUUUCCCUCCAGAGACCCCCUCGUGACCCCCUUCUCCCCUCCCAGCCCCAGUCUAAUCGCCAAAUGGCACCUUAAACCUAUGUUAUGGUUGCCCCCAUGGAAUGUCUAGGUGCCUUUCUUUUGCAGUGAGGUGAUGAUGAUGAUGAUGAUUCAUUUCUAUGCCGCUUUAUAUUUUGAAGAAAGAAUCUCAAAGCAGCUUACAAAACAAACCGGAAUAAAACAAGUUUAAGCUUCAAUGAAAAUAUUUCAGAUCCUUCUCUAAGUGACGUUUUGCUCCCCCCAUAUUGCUUCGCUGACUUAAUUCAGAGAGCAGCCCCAUAGCAGAGGAGCUCUAGGGUGCAAUGGUUGGAGCAGACUUCCUCAGCCUCGGCCCUCCAGAUGUUUUUGGCCUACAACUCCCAUGACCCCUAGCUAGCAGGACCAGUGGUCAGGGAUGAUGGGAAUUGUAGUCUCAAAACAUCUGGAGGGCUGAGGAAGCCUGGGUUGGAGUGUUGGAUGAGGACCUGGGAGAUCUGGGUUCGAAUCCUCACUCAGCCCUGAAGCUCCCCAGGUGACCCUGGAGCCAGUGGCAGCCACUUCACCUCCCUCGCAGGGUUGUUGUAGGGGUUAACUGAGGGUGUGUGUGUGUGCGAACCGUGUCUUCCUUGGAGGAAGGUCAAGGCAAUUAAUAAGCUCUUCUGCUGACCUGCUUCAGAAAGCUGGAGGGACCAGCCAUAUGGAGAUCUCCGUUGCCAACCAGGAAAUGGGGAUAUCAGAAUUUGCUCGUCUGGCGACAUAAGAACGGGGUAGCUGUGGAGGGUGUGCAUGUUGGAACCUAAGAAGAGCCUUGUUGGGUCAGGCCACAGGCGCAUGUAGUCCUGUGUCCCGUUCUCACAGUGGCCAAAGAAUUGCUUGCAAUCAGGAUUUGAACAUAAGAGCAUCUCUCCCUUCUGAGUGGUUUUCAGCAGCUGGUGUUCAGAAGCAUAACGUCCUCCAGCGGCGGAGGCACAGCAGAGCCCUUGGGGCUAGCAACCAUGGACAGCCGCCUCCUCCAUCAUGCAUUUGUCCCAUCCUCUUUUAACGCCAUCCACGUUGGUGGCCGUCACUCCUGUGGCAGGGAGUUCCACAGUCCCUGAGUCUGGAGGAGCCCUCAAGAGCGUGGUCCUCCGGAAAGAGAGCUGGCCUCUGAUCUGGGAAGCCCAUCUUCAAGUCCCAAACGCCUUUCCCUCUUUAUAUCGCCUGUGAGAGGUCAUUCUCCCGCUGCUCCCAUUUUGCAGAGGGAAGCACUGAGGCGCAUCAUCAGGGCAGUGUGUGGAAUCGCAGCUCCCUAGCUGAUGUUUGCUGUAGUUUGGCAACACUCUGUGCCUGAAAAACCCGCUUCUGGCUCUCAAAUUGGUGGCCGGCAGCAGGAAGUGGCCGGUCUGGAGGGGGACCUUUGAUCCCAGGGUGUUGCCCUGAGCCCAGGAGCGGAUUGUUGGAGGGUGAGCAGAUCCCGGCCCAUCGGAAGCUACCCUUCCAGAGGUCAGCCUCGCACCUCGGCCUGCCGGGAAGGGGUGGAAACGGCAAUAGGAUAUCCUUUAUUGUUCGGGUCUGGAACGCUCGUGUCCAGCCGCUGAGGAUCGGGAUGGUGGCUGCUGCUGUGGUGUGGGGGCGAGGCCGGCACCAUCGCGGUUAGUUCAUCGAAUCAGAAUUGUAGCAUUGGAAGGGACCCCCGAGGGUCAUCUAGCCUGACCCCCCUGGAGCGCAGGAAUCACAGCUCAGUAAUCCCUGACAGGUGGGCUCCCAAGCUCUGCUUUAAAAACCUCCAGUGAAGAAGAGCCGGUUUCUCUCUCAUCCAGCUCUUGCCACCAGGAAGUUCUUCCUGAUGUUUAGUCAGAGUCUCCUUUCUUGUCACUUGAAGCCACAGGUUCGAGUCCUACCCUCCGGAGCAGGAGAAAACAAGCUUGCUCCAUCUUCCUUGAGAUAUUUGAAGAUGGCUGUCAUAUAUCCUCUCAGCCUCCUCUUUUCCAGGCUAAACAUCCCCAGCUCCUUCAGUCUUUCCCCACAAGGCUGGGUUUCCAGAUCCUCCAUCAUCUUGGCCCCCCUCCUCUGCACAUGUCCCGGCUUGUCAGUAUCCUUAAACUGGGGUGCGCAGAACUGGACUCGGGUGGUAUUAGGAGCUCUGGUAAAUAAACCAGGCGCCAAAUGGCUCCUAGAACCAGGGUUACAGUCGUCAAAACAGUUGCCAUUUUUGUGCCAGGCGACUCAGAAGUCUUAUUUUUCAGUAUGAUUCCUGAAACUCGUUCUGACUGUGCAGGUAAAAUAUCGCAGAUAGAAUUCGGCAGGAUGUGUUGCUAGAGUGUGAAAACAGUCAAGAUCCCCCCAGGCAGGCACCUCCAGGUGGUGGAGACGCCAGGCACCAUCCGGGCAUCUUCACCUGGUCGCAGGUGGACGAUAGCCGGGUGCAAAAUUGCGCCUGGCGAAUUUUGAACCCUGGACACAGGACUCCAGGCAGUAUCUGACCAAGGCAGGAUCAAGCGGGACUGUUGCUUCCCUUGACCUGGACCCAGCUGUCUGGGCCUGGGCCUUUGGGGGCUGUGGGGCUGUUGUCCCUUGGGGCUGGGGACUGAAAUGUCCCCCUGGGGGACAUUCCCAAAACAGCUGAGCCAGCCCUGUGUUCUGAGAAGGAAAGUGUUCCUGCCUCCAUUUGGAGAAGCCACCAGACCACUUCAGCACCCAUCCUGCGCAGCGGAUCUUGGCCCAGCCUUUCUAAGCACCGCCUGCUUCUUUUCAGCCCUGUUGGGGAAGCAGCACCCCCCCUCCUUCAGCUGUGCCAGGCUGCUUUUUGGCUGCAGCGGUGACUUCGCUUUCGCCUCCAAGCCCAGGCCUGGCACACCUUGCAGCUCUGUGUUGCCUAAGCAAAAGUGGCUGUUUUCUCUCCUCAACCUCCUUGUGACCUGGGGAGGAGCCUUGCCUGGGACCAAGCCUUUGGAUUUGGGGGGGAACGGGCAGCGGCUGAGCAGUUUCUGGCCCAAAUUCAAUUACGAGGCUUCCGUCUCUCUCUCUUUCCGCGGGCAAAAUGCACCACCCCAGACUCUCGUUUCCGAAGCAUGCCCUCUUUCUCUCUGUGUGCGUGCAUACAGAUAUUCUGUGUGGCCUUUGAGGGUGAAGGGACCUCUGGAUUGCAAGGGGAAGUAGUAGGCCAGCUUACACAACAGCCCGUCGUCGCGGAGGGAGAGUUGUGUGGCGCAAUCUCAGACCCGGGUGGCGGAAGUCCCUGCGUCAAGGGUGUGUCUCUAUCAAGGCACAUGGGCUUCCUGCUUUGUCUCUGAGGAUUUGGGGGGGCAUGUGUGCGUGCAGGCAUCCUCGCAGCAGCCCUGUGAGGGGGGUAGCGUGUUGCCCACAGCUGCCCCAGUGAGCUCUGCGGCUGAGCUGGCAUUGCAGCCUGCCCCUUGCCAGCCAAAGCUCCUUGGCGCAUGCACAGAGGUGCUCCAGUACUGCCACCUCCACGGGGAACGUCGAGGGGCAGCUGUGGGGUGAAACGUCCUCGCAGCAGCCCCUCCCUCCCCAUCCCUUCGCCCAGGCUUCAGGGGCGAGGGGUUUGCUCUUGCGAUUCUGUUGUGCCGUGUUCUGCCUUGGCAGCGGGAAGCCUCAGUCGGCUGCCCCUGACUUGGACCGCAAUUCCCAUCUGCCCCUGCCAGUGCAGCUGCUGGGAGUUGUAGUUCGAUGCAGGUGGAGGGCGCCAGGGCAGGGAAGAUGGACGUAAGUCGUGGUGGAGCUCUUGAUGCUCGGGGUGUGUUUAUAUGUUUAUACACACACAGAGAGAGUCUAAUAAUAACAAUAAUUUUAUUAUUUGUACCCCACCCAUCUGACUGGGUUGCCCUAGCCACUAUGGGCAGCUUCCAACGCAAUGAGACAUCAGGCAUUAAAGACUUUGCUCUCUCACACACGUAUGUGCAUAGAGAUACUAUGAUUAACAAAGCAGCCGUUCAGUUUCUGUUGCAAAACCUUUUGGCGUCUGCCUUCCGCCAGCUGCCCUGGUGGAAGCGAGAGGACGCUCCUGCCAAGGUGGUACUUAGGCGGGUUUGCCACCCUUUCAUUUUCAGCUGAGCGGCCGUCGAAGGUGGAGACCGAAACCUCUUUUUUCUUCUUCUGGCAACGGAAAUUAAAUCUAACUUAUUUUAGUUACGUUAUCAUUUCAGUGAUUUGCUGAAUCCUGAAAGGGGUCUGGAGCAAGCUUGCAUGAGGCUUUCGAAAUAAUAAUAAAAUGGAUUGCUGACUGCUCAGACCUUUUGGGGGAUGAGGAUUCAGACCUGAAUAAAUGAUUCUCUCUCUCUCUCUUGGCAAAGGGUUUUUUGUUGUUACCAUUUUAUUUUAUAAUGUAUAUAAAGCAGCUCUAAAAACAGAUGAAAAACAAAAGUACAAAACACGUACGUGGGACGAGUAGUUGCAUAUGAGUCCAGGUAGAAACUGUCAGCGUUAAUCCGAUUGUUAAAUACAGUUCCAGAUUUACCAGGCUUGCAACAAGGCCCGUCUUGAAAAGGACGGUUCUUCUGUAUGUGUGACAAAGGAAUGCCAGCUCAUAUAAAAAGCACCUAGCGGUUGUAGCCCUUGUCGAAAUUUCAGAUGAGGUGCAAUUUACUCCAUUCUAGCUGUUUUCCAGAGGGAGUGGCAACAAGCGUCCAGUGUGGGAUUUGGGGCUGUUUUCCAUAUUUAUUUCUCUCUCGACCCACUGGUGGGAUCAAUCCCCUUCCCCAAAUUGCGUUGUAGCAGCGCCAAAGCCCUGAGGUGCGCAUGGACAUCGUAGUGGCUUGCCCUGUUUGCAGCUUGCCAGGGCGUGGGGAGAUCUGCGUUACUGGCGGCUGUGAAACGGACGUGUCUCUAGGAGGUGGUCCUCUCAGGCUGAGCCGCCCGCCUUCCGGGAGGUUCGGUCUUCCCUUCUCGCCACCUGCGGCUUCAGGUAUUCUCCCCGGGUGCCAACCACUAAGCCCGGGCAUGGAUGCCCUGGGCACCACAUUCCAAGAUGUCUGUCUCGACAAGCCUGGUUGGGUUGUGCCAUCUCACCCCACGUCAGAUGCACAGCGGGCAGAGAGACCUGCCCUGUGUGUGCCUGCCUGCCCUUCCGGGGAGUUGUUUGUAGAGGGGUGGGGGCAGUUGCUUCUCUGCUUUGCAGCGGGGGGGGGGCCUCCUCUCACACGCCUCCUUCCAUGUGCUUUUUCACAAAUGAGAGUCAUGUGGCCCAUUGCAACAUCCUGCGGAAAUGAAGCUGUUCUUUCAUGGAAUGUCGAUUGGAUUAUAAUUGGGAGUGUUUCUGCAGCCGGCCGAGGAUCCAGACAAGCUCCUCUGAUUCUCCUCUUUCUUCCACCCACCCACCUCCUCCUCUUGGCCGCUGGGAAGAACCAGUGAGUCGCCCACUUCUGAAGCCCCUUAUCGUAUUUUCCCUUCCUGCUCUCGUGCAUCUACCAUCCCUCCCGGUGUCUCCUCUGGAGUAAGCAUGCCUUGCCCCCUCUGCCCUUUUCUAUAUAGUCCCUUCAACCAACUCACAGGCUGCUUUCCAAUAUUUUUAGGGGCCUGCUAGGGCUGCCACGUUCUGAAGAGCGAAAAAGAGGACACAUUUGCCGACUUCUACUUUUAACCAUAUAUUGCUAUGGCAACUCUCCUUUUAGAUACCCGUGAAAAAGAGGGCGCGUCCUGGAAGAAGAGGACACAUGCCAACCCUGCCAGGGUGAAAAUUUAAGCUAGCUGGAAAGAUGGGGGGGGGGAAUGACUGCUGUCUGGAUAAAUAGGCGAUCUUACACCAGCCGUAGGUGACCCUUCUCGUAGCCUGUGAUGUGAUAUAGCUUCUUCCUCCAGGGAUUUAUGUUUCCUUAACAAGUUCCUUGGCUUCAUGGAGUCUCGCCAAAUUUCUCGGCUUGUGUUUUGGAAACAGAAGCAAGGCCCAUGUUUGGAGUUUCAGAGCAAGCAGAAGAAAGGGGGAAUUGUAGGGCGAAUCUGCCCCCAGGACCUGUCCUGACCUAUUUAAGCAUCUGGUUCUGGCAUGAGUCUGCUGGAGGCAUAGGAAAGCGUCAAGUCUGUGGCUGUUUCCCAGGCACUUCCCUGUCUGUUUCCAAAAAAAUAACACCACCAAACAACAACCAGGGAAAUGGACCUUUCGGAUGGCGGCAGAAGGAGCGAGCCCCAUCUUCAUCUCUUUCGGCAACGUUCUGAAAUGUUCUCACACACAUGGGGUUUAACAGGUGGGUGGCCAGGUCCAGAGACAUUUUGCAGGUAAGCCAACAUGGAGCCUGCCCGCCAAAUACCUGGAAGUGGAGGGCAGAAAGGCUAAAGAAAGUCAGGUUCUCCUCCACCAAGUGUACAGGGAAUCUGCGGCCCACUUCGCCAGUUACGGAUAUUGCCAGCCGCUACGCCCCCAUGAGGAGAAUCAUAGAAUCCUAGAGUUGGAAGAGACCACAAGGGCCAUCGAGUCCAACACCCUGCCAAGCAGGAAACACCAUCAGAGCACUCCUGACAUAUGGUUGUCAAGCCUCUGCUUAAAGACCUCCAAAGAAGGAGACUCCACCACACUCCUUGGCAGCAAAUUCCACUGUCGAACAGCUCUUACUGUCAGGAAGUUCUUCCUAAUGUUUAGGUGGAAUCUUCUUUCUUGUAGUUUGGAUCCAUUGCUCCGUGUCCGCUUCUCUGGAGCAGCAGAAAACAACCUUUCUCCCUCCUCUAUGUGACAUCCUUUUAUAUAUUUGAACAUGGCUAUCAUAUCACCCCUUAACCUCCUCUUCUCCAGGCUAAACAUGCCCAGCUCCCUUAGCCGUUCCUCAUAAGGCAUCGUUUCCAGGCCUUUGACCAUUUUGGUUGCCCUCCUCUGGACACGUUCCAGUUUGUCAGUUGUCAGGAGAAGGCAGCCGGCGACACCACAGCUGUCAAGAUGGCACAGAGUGCCCCACAGCCGCAUCGCAGUGCCCUCGCUCCAUAGGGCAUGGGGUUGGGGAGGAGGAGAGAGGGGUCGCGCCCUGCCACGGACACGUUGGAGGGGAGCAUCCACCACCCCUUUCAGCUUCCGCACGCAAAUAAAACACCCCAGUCGUGUUGGGGGCAAAGGAGAGGGAGGUCCCGGGACUCGAGCCCCCAGCAAAAGCACUCCCUAACGGCACCCACACAACAGCCAGCCACAGUCUAGGGCCCCGUGGGGCCUUCCCCACUCAUUCACAGGCACCUGGAGCGCAGGGCACGCAGGAAGAGCCUUGCUCUACGUUUUGCACGCCUUAAGUUGGCUGGCUGGCAUCCGCCUGUCUCGGGAGACAAUGGAAGAGUGCGUUUCGGAUAGUUACAGCGCAAGAGAGAUGUGUUUUGUUUCAGCUGUACCCCCGAUUCAAGCCACAGGCCAAGCCCAACCCUGGAGAAACUCUCCCUUUGGCACAUGCCUGAGUAGUUUGGCAGGAGCAACAAAACCCCACAGGGCCAGCAAAACCCCACUGAGCCCUCCUGGGGCAGCAGCACAAGAAGGCCCCCAAUCCCAUUCCUCUGCCCCACCACCCUGGAAGAAGCACCCAUCCCACCUGACGUGGGUUUAAAAAGCAGCACUUAAUUUAAACCUGUUGAUGGACCUGUUGAUGGCAUGUUACCAUUGUACCGUGGAGACUGUAUUAACGUAUGGUCUGUGUGUGUGGUUUGGGAGCUGCACAGUCAUGGGGAAAACAGUGCUGUCCAGGGUUGCAAAGACUGCGGAGGCUGCAAAGACUGGGUGCGCUCUUCCCACCUUGGAUCAAAUCUCCGCUUCCAGGUGCCAUAAGAAAGCUGCAGAGAUAGCGCAGGACAGUGCGCACCCCGGAAAUGAUCUCUUUCAGCUUCUGCCUUCUGGAAGAAGGUUACAGGGUUAUAAAGGCCAGGACUAGCCGCUUGAGAAACAGUUUCUAUCCAAAUGCAAUUCUGAUUUUAAACGUAGUGUCAGCAGUCUCUGUGGGAGUAUAUUGUAUUUAAAAUGGGGUACCAGAGUUUUUAGGGGGCUAACCAGGUUGGGAUAGCUGCGAUAGCAGGCUUGUUGGUUUUUGAAUGUUUUAUGUAGACUUUUCAAUUUUUUUGUUCUGUAUGGGACAAUGACAAUAAAGGUUAUCGUAUCGUAAACUGAGCACACUCCAUUUCAGUUUUCGAGCUAUUUCUUAUUAGUACGUGUGUGUGUGUGUGAGAGAGAGAGAGAGAGAGAGAAUUCACCCUGAUUUGUUUGGGUCUCCUAGGUGCUGAGGAAGGACUCCUGAGCGCCAGCAGUCUUCCCUCUGUUACUGUUGGGAAGAAGCUGUGAGCUAAUAUUUGCCUUGGCGAGGGACCCUAGUAACUGGCCAGGGCACCGCAACGAGGCAGCGUCCCUCUCAAACAUGUGGGCUCCUGUGUCGGAGAUCUGGCAAGUUGCCUUGAGGAGAAUUUAACCCCCCCCCAGGGGGUUCCUUCCUUGAAACGGGGGGGGGGGGUAGAGCAACCUCCCCCAACCAGGGGUUUGAGACUGCAACUCCCAUCAGCCGCAGCCAACACGGCUAUACGAUGCUGGCGCUGGGGGGAGCCCGGCCAUGCUGGGAGCUGUGGUGCAAAACACCUGGCGCCAGGUUGUCGAAGGGUGUGGUGCAAAGGUGGGGUCUGCUGGAGGUUUGUGGGCAGGGGAGGGGCCCUGGCUUGCUGGUGGGGGUCUAGGCUGGCAUAGGGUCUGGGACUGUGCAUUAUUUAAGAUGCGGGUUUUGACCUUUAAAGCCCUUCACGGCCUAGGACCCUCGUACCUACGGGACCGCCUCUCCCGAUAUGCACCGCGGAGGACCUUAAGGUCCAUAAAUAGCAACACCCUAGAGGUCCCGGGCCCUAAGGAAGUCAGAUCAGCCUCAACCAGAGCCAGGGCCUUUUCAGCACUGGCCCCGGCCUGGUGGAACGCUCUGCCUCAUGAGACCAGGGCCCUGCGGGAUCUGAGUUCUUUCUGCAGGGCCUGUAAGACAGAGUUGUUCCGCCUGGCCUUUGGCUUGGAAUCAACUUGAUCCCCUCUUUCCUUUUUCCUUUCUUCUUCCGUGAUGGAACUCCUAUUUGGGGACUUCCCUGGCUUUUUCUGGCCCACGUAGGACCAGUCUGGAUAGCUGGCCUUGGUGAAGACUCUGCGUUUUCAUCCCCCAAAAAGUUUUUGAGUUUCUGCUGAAAUGAGGCUGCAUUUCAAUGUUGUAUUUUAAUCUUGUUUUUUAAGUUGUAUUUCAAUCAAUUGUUUUAUAUCUGGUGUUGGCCGCCCUGAGCCUGGUCUUGGCUGGGGAGGGAGGGUUAUAAAUUAUUAUUAUUAUUAUUAUUAUUAUUAUUAUUAUUAUUAUUUGGGGACAUGGAAGCCCCCAGCUCUCUGCACAGUGAGAUUUCACCUGCAGCCGCAACUGGAUUUGGUUGGCAACUUAGCGUGUCGGCGAGGAUCAGGGCGGCGAAGGUCUGGUGGAGGGGGGGGGGUUCAGUGUGCAAGGCACAGGCCUCCUGCUCCCCUCCUUCCAAACCCUGGAACACCCCCCGUUAGGCUUCUUGGCCUCCAGGAAACACUUGUCAGUCUCGUUUCCAAACACUUCUCCACAAUCGAGGGCUGGGAGUUUGGGUCGUAGUGCGUUUGGAGAAAGGAAAAAGGCUGAGACAAAAGCGUGUGCGCGGCAAGAGAGGUCUGGAUCUGGUUUCAGGGAGUGGAAGACAUCUGGCAUGUUUUCUUCCCUCCCCCUUCUGCAGGAGAUUCUAGACACCUCCCUCGGUGUGGACAAAGGAAAGUUUUGUGUGCUGCUUUUCAACUGGAGAAGCCUCUUUGAUCCCCUUGCAGCUGGUCCCUGCUAGGUUUGGGGGCGGGGGGGGGCGCUUUCCACUAUGAGGAAGUGUUUUUUGUUCUUGGAGGCGACCUGAAGUCUUUCAGGCUUUCAAUGGCCCAAGAUGUACCUGUAUUUUCCGCUCCAUAAGACGCACCUGACCAUAAGACGCACCUAGUUUUUAGAGGAGGAAAACAAACAAAAAAAUAUUCUGAACGAAACAGUGGAUGUAUGAUUUUUGUGGUUCAUGCUGUGGCCACAGGCGUGUGAUUUGACGGUGAGUUUGGGGUUGUUGUUUAGUCGUUUAAUCGUGUCCGCCUCUUCGUGACCCCCUGGACCAGAGCACGCCAGGCCCUCCUGUCUUCCACUGCCUCCCGCAGUUUGGUCAGGCUCAUGCUGGUAGCUUCGAGAACACUGUCCCACCAUCUCGUCCUCUGUCGUCCCCUUCUCCUUGCGCCCUCCAUCUUUCCCAACAUCAGGGUCUUUUCCAGGGAGUCUUCUCUUCUCACGAGGUUGCCAAAGUACUGGAGCCUCAGCUUCAGGAUCUGUCCUUCCCGUGAGCACUCAGGGCUGGUUUCCUUCAGAAUGGAGAGGUUUGAUCUUCUUGCAGUCCAUGGGACUCUCAAGAGUCUCCUCCAGCACCAGAAUUCAAAAGCAUCCAUUCUUCGGCGAUCAGCCUUCUUUAUGGUCCAGCUCUCACAGACGUGUGAUUUGACGGUGAGUUUGGGGUGGCCCAAUGCAAAAAUCCUGAGGAUCCAUGUGGAUCCGUGCUUUAUAAUCACGUUUUUGCGCCAUAGCGGCCCCACGAAACAGUAGAUGUGUGUGUUUUUGGUGCAGGCUGUAGCCAUGGACAUGCUGUGUGAUCUGAUGGUGGAUCCCUUGGUCACUGGAGACAUUUUCUCUGUCCGCACACAGGGAUCUCUCCUGAAUUCCCGACCUUUGUAAUGCUUGAGCGUUGCAGACGCCUGAGUGCAGUAGCUUCAGGGCCCGGAGUGUGCCGAACCUGCUUCCUCCUCUGCAAGAACAAACUACGAGCCCUGCUGGAUCGGGCCCCUCCAGCCCAGCAUCCUGUGCACACAGUUUCCAAGCAGAUGGCCCCCCCCAAGGGAAACCCACCAGCAGGACCCAAUAGCAAGAGCAGAACUUUUCGCUUCCUGCCGUUUCCAGAAAUCUGGGAUUCAGAAAAUGGCUGCCUCGGACUUUGCAGGCAGACCACAGUCCUCCUGGCUAGCGGCUGCUCUCGGUGGUGGUGGAGGGGGGUCAGAGGACCCCUCCCCAUGGGCAUCGAGGCUGGGCCUCCACCACUUUCUUGACUGCUGCUGGCUGGCAAAUUUGGGACCCUUCACUCCAGGCCUGUUCUCUGCUGCUGUGCAAAGUUCUUUUUUAAAAAAUUGUUUUUAUUUGAGAUUUCAAAUAUAGAUUUAUAAUAAAACCAAGUACAUUUCCAUAUACAGAGAUUUCUCUGAAUCUUGAGACCUUCCCCUCCGUGGGUCCUAAGUUUAACGUUUCCAAUUGCAUAUUAUAACUUAAUCUAUAUUUUAUAUCUUUCCGUAUUAUCCAUAGUAUUUAUUAGAUUACAAGUGAUGUUGAAAUCCUGCUGUUUUCAUCUGCUUACAGUGGACUUCUAGAUAAAUUAUAAUUUUUUCUUGAAGUUUCUGUCCUCUUGGUUCCUGAGCUUUCCAGUUAGUUUUGCCAUUUCGGCGUAGUCCAACAGCUUAAUUUGCCAUUCCAUCUCUGGACUUAUUUCAGUCCGUGUGGCUAUUGUCACGUCCUUUCUGCUCCUUUGGUAAUAUCGGUACUCACAAUUCCUAAUAAAAAGGCUUCUGGUUAAAAGUUCUUUUAAAACAUUCCCCCCCCCCCCCAGUUUGUUAUAUAUCAUUUCCCAGAAAGCUUUUAUUACCUUACGCCACCACCACAUAUGACAAAAGGUUCCUUUUUCCUCUUUACAAUUCCAGCAGGUAUUCGUACUUGUUCUAUACAUUUUUGCUAGCUUGCUAGGAGUCAGAUACCACCAUUUCCAUAUAAUUUUCUUUCAGCGUACGACGCGCCGCGAAUUUCAAAUCCCGUUUCCCACAACUUUUCCCAGUCUGCAGUCUGAGAGUUAUGCCCCAAAUCCUUUGCCCAGUAGGAGGUUCCAGGUUCAUUUCCUCGUGGCAUUUCCAGGAGAGACUCCCACCCAGAACUGCACUCGAAGGAACAGUGGUCUGACUCAAGAACAAGCGAUUCUCUCCCCACGCCUCCCCUUCAAACUCCUUGGAUCUCUGCUGCUUCGCCAGCAACUCCUCUGGCGUUUCCAAGGGAAGCUGCGGAAGAAUUAAAGGGGCGGAAUGAAGCCAAGCCCACGCUUGCGGGGAGGAAAAGGAGCCCAAGUCAAGUUUGUGUGAGCUCAGGAAAAGACAGAAGAGCUUUUAAUAUCUGUUACGGAAAAAUCUAGGUGUGAGGCUGCUCAGUCCCCCAGCUCGUCGGGCUGAUACCGCUGGUGCCUGCGGAAUAAAGGAAGGAGUCCAGCCAUCAACUGGAGCAAAUAGCUGUAGACCAAAGUUUAUUGUGCAACAGGUUCAAAGAGGAAUUUUGAACCCUGAGGAUGGGGUGACAAGGACCUUUAAAAGUUUCUAUCUUAUCCCAGUUCAUUAAGCAUCAUCACUACAUCAUUGCUACAUCAGAAAAGGGGAGGGUUAUACAUGAUUAACAUAGGAGGAAUGUGUUAGGGCAACAGGCGGAUACAGGAUAUGUAUUGGGAAGUACAUUCUAAGCACCUACUUUGUUGUUGUUUAGUUGUUUAGUUGUGUCCGACUCUUUGUGACCCCCUGGACCAGAGCACGCCAGGCACUUCUGUCUUCCACUGCCUCCCGCAGUUUGGUCAAACUCAUGCUGGUAGCUUUGAGAACACUAUCCAACCAUCUCGUCCUCUGUCGUCCCCUUCUCCUUGGGCCCUCCAUCUUUCCCAACACCAGGGUCUUUUCCAGGGAGUCGUCUCUUCUCAUGGGGUGGCCAAAGUCUUGGAGCCUCAGCUUCAGGAUCUGUCCUUCCAGUGAGCACUCAGGGCUGGUUUCCUUCAGAAUGGAGAGGUUUGAUCUUCUUGCAGUCCAUGGGACUCUCAAGAGUCUCCUCCAGCACCAUAAUUCAAAAGCAUCCAUUCUUCAGUGAUCAGCCUUCUUUAUGGUCCAGCUCUCACUUCCAUACAUCACUACUGGGAAAACCAUAGCUUUAACUAGACGGACCUUUGUUGACAAGGUGAUGUCUCUGCUUUUUAAGAUGCUGUCUAGGUUUGUCAUCGCUUUUCUCCCAAGAAGCAGGCGUCUUUUAAUUUUGUGACUGCUGUCACCAUCUGCACCUACUACAAAGGGACAAUAGAACUUUGGUUUGCAUAGUCUGCCACCUGGGCAAGUCCGGAGGAGAGCUUUUGCCCAGCGAUUGACAGCUAUGAGUACGUCAUCUCCCGCUUGAGGGAUUAUGGUGGGGACCAAGUGGUUUCCAAGUCCUUGGCCAAUGAAGCAAAUUGGCGGUGGAAUGAAGGAAACUGGCAAAGGAGUUGAUUUUAUAUGAUUUUUAAAGCUAGGUAACUUCCCUGAGCUGUCAGGUCAAAAGGAUACCUUUAUGCAUAAUAUUUGUAACAUUUAACAACUUUAAAGAUGUGCCCCCCCCCGUAAUUUCCGUAACAAUAUCUGAAGGACUAUUGUAUUUUAAUAUUUUGUUGGAAGCUGCCCAGAAUGUCUGGGGAGACCCAGCCAGAUGGGCGGGGUAUAAAUAAUAAAUUAUUAUUAUUAUUAUUAUUAUUCCAGCGUGCAGAGUUAGUGCGCACACUGUCCAUGUUCGUGGAGUGUCGCCACCUUUGGCUCCCUGCCAGUGCAGUCGAGCCAGCACCCUGGGGAGGAGGAGGAGGACUCUGGGACUCCCCACUUAGAAAAGGGUGCAGAAAUCCAGGCAGCAUGCUACCCCGCCGGGUGCUGGUUCAACGCCUGGGGUCCUGUGCAGAGUCUCUCUGCAGGUAUUUCCUGGCAUUUAGGAGUCUGAAGGGCCAAAGGGGAAGGAAAUCCCAGGCUCUCCCUUUUGGAACAAAUUGGACUAUCGCCGUGCUUCGUUGACGUACGCGAUGUGUCCGAAUCUUGAACCCAAGUCCCGGUUUUUUUGCGGCGGCCUCGAGAAGGGCCGUGGAGAACAAUAAAAGAAAGUGCUUCAUGCAUCUACCGUAUUUUUCGCUCCAUAGGACACACUUUUUUCCCUUCAAAAAUGAAGGGAAAAUGUGUGUGCGUCCUAUGGAGCGAAGACGCCAUAGCCCCGCGACCCUCUCCCGGCUGGAGAGGUGACGCGCGGCUAUGGCAGGAGCUUCUACAGCCCCGCGUCACCUCUCCAGCCGGGAGAGCGCGCGCGGGGCUAAAGCAGCCCCCCGCGACCCUCUCCCGGCUGGAGAGGUGACGUGCGGCUAUUGAGGCUCUUGCCAUAGCCGCGCGUCACCUCUUCAGCCGGGAGAGCGCGCGCAGGGCUAAAGCAGCCCCCCGCGACCCUCUCCCGGCUGGAGAGGUGAUGCGCGGCUAUUGAGGCUCCUGCCAUAGCCGUGCGUCACCUCUCCAGCUGGGAGAGCGCGCGCGGGGCUAAAGAAGCCAUAGCCCCGCAACCCUCUCCCGGCUGGAGGGGUGACGCACGGCUAUGGCAGGAGCCUCUCCGCUGCUCCCUGACCUGCUCUUUGGGGCUGGUGGUGGGCUUCCCCCCCGCCAGCCCCAAAGAGCAGGUCGACAGGAACCUGAAGCCUGGAGAGCGAGCGGGGUCAGUGCACACCGACCCCUCUCGCUCUCCAGGCGUCCCAGGUAGCCGCCUGAACGCACCUUAAAUGGCACCUUGUUUUAGAGCGGGACAACAAGAGGGGAAGUUCUCCCCCUCUCUGCGCAGCGCCUCCUGCCGCUUCGCUGAAGGGGCGCUGGGCAGAGGGGGAGAAUUUUUUUUUCUUGUUCUCCCCCCUCUAAAACAAAGUGCGUCCUAUUGUCCGGUGCGUCCUAUGGUGCGAAAAAUAAGGUAUGUAGGAGAGUUUUCCCAUAAUGGACACAUGCUUGGCCGUAACGGGAAUGGAAUACUGGACCAGACAGGCAAUUUCUCUGAUCCUGCAGGGCAGCUCUUCUGACCAGGACAUGGGCUGGUGGUGGUCAGAGGACCAGAAGCUUAAUUCUUGUAAAACGCAGGUGUAAGACCCACGGGGCCUAGUUUUCGCGUGGAGUUGAUUCAGCUAGGCAGUUAAGCGUUCUCUAGGCUAGUCUCUCUUUGGUGGCUGGAAUGGGUGAUACGUGGCUGCGUGUUGGGCCCGUGGCAGGUUCAAUAAUAAUAAUUAUUAUUUAUUUAUACCCCGCCCAUCUGGCUGGGUCUCCCCAGCCACCCUGGGCGGUUUCCAACAAAGUAUUAAAAUACUGUGGUCUGUUAAACAUUAAAAGCUUCCCUAAACAGGGCUGCCUUCAGAUGUCUUCUGAAAGUCUGGUAGUUGUUUUUCUCUUUGACAUCUGGUGGGAGGGCGUUCCACAGGGCGGGUGCCACCACCGAGAAGGCUCUCUGCUUGGUUCCCUGUAACCUCACUUCUCGCAAGGAGGGAACCGCCAGAAGGCCCUCAGAGCUGGACCUCAGUGUCCGGCUAAACGAUGGGGGUGGAGAGGGAGAGGCUCCUUCAGGUAUACUGGACCGAGGCCUUUUAGGGCUUUCACGGUCAGCAUCAACACUUUGAAUUGUUCUUGGAAACGUACUGGGAGCCAAUGUAGGUCUUUCUUCAAGACCAGUGUUAUGUGGUUCUGGCGGCCGUUCCCAGUCCCCAGUCCCCAGUCUAGCUGCCGCAUUCUGGAUUAGUUGUAGUUUCCGGGUCACCUUCAAAGGUAGCCCCACGUAGAGCGCAUGGCAGUAGUCCAAGCGGGAGAUAACUAGAGCAUGCACCACUCUGGCCAGACAGUCCGCUGGCAGGGAGGGUCUCAGUCUGCAUACUGCACGGGACAGCUGCUUAUUCCUGCAUUGCAGCGGGUCAGGCCAGAUGACCCUCAGGUUUCCCUUCCAGCUCUGUGACUCCAGGUCUCCUCGUGGGCCAGCGUGGCUCCUACUCUUGGCAUGUGUUUUGUGGGAGACGAAGGGACAGUGGCUGGGAAAAGGAAGAGGCGCCUUGCCCCUUGGGUGCUGGCGGCCUCAGCAGGGGCGAUUAGGAAGGUUUCCCACACUUUGAGCUGCCUCCGCUGCUUAUCUCGGAGAGGGGGGCUGUGAGAAAGAGCACAGAGGCUGAAAGGCCGCCUUCCUUGUCCCGCAGUGCAGCAAACUCGGGAGAUAAAGCAGGGACCCCACAGAGAGGAGAAGGCGUUUGGGACGUGAGAAGAGAUGGGAAUCUGUGUCAGGGAGGGGGGGAGAGGGGCUGCCCACCACAGCAGAGGGACAAACGCUUCCCCUGAUUCGAAUCUGGAUCUCCGCCCCCCAAAAUAAAGGGUCCAGGCAAGAGAAACUGCCAGAUCCAGGGUGGGGGAAACUUUCGGAGGGUAAGAUAAGAGCUGUUUGACAGUGGAGCGGACUUCCUGGGAAGGUGGUGGGCCUUGGUUGGGGGUUUUAAAACAGAGGGGGUGACCAUCGGUCAGGGACGACUUAGCUAUGACUCGCGCAUUGCGGGGGGUUGGGCUAGAUGACCUUUGGGGUGCCCCUCGCAAUUCUAUGAUUAUGGAAUUCGACCACAAGAGGGUCCAGGCCUUGGGCGGGGGAGAAGGGAAGGUGCUAUCCACCUGCCUUCAGCAAGGUAGAGAGGUCUGGACCAGUUUCUGGGGGUGGGGAAGUUGCAGGAAGUGAAGCUGGAGGGGGCGGGGGCACCGAUCCAGGGUUCAAAUCGCCGUUUGGCCAUGGAGUUUGCUGGCUGACCUAGAGCUAGUCGCUGCCUAUAUAUAUAUAUAUAUAUAUAUAUAUAUACACACACACACACACACACACACACACACACACACACACCGUAUUUUUUGCUCUAUAAGACUCACUUUUUCCCUCCUAAAAAGGAAGGGGAAAUGUGUGUACGUCUUAUGGAUCGAAUGCAGGCUGCGCAGCUAUCCCAGAAGCCAGAGCAGCAAGAGGGAUCGUUGCUUUCACUGCGCAGCGAUCUCUCUUGCUGUUCUGGCUUCUGAGAUUCAGAUUUUUUUUUUCUUGUUUUCCUCCUCCAAAAACUAGGUGCGUCUUAUGGUCUGGUGCGUCUUAUAGAGCGAAAAAUACGGUACGCACACACAUUUUUAUUGAUUUUUUUAUAUAUCAGUUCCAACAGUCAUACAACAUAUCUUCUCAUCUUAUGCAAUAUUUUAGACUUCCAUCAACACCUCUGGUGAUUUUCCGUUCUUUAUGACUUAUUUUGCAUUUCUUAAUUUCUAUAUUGCAUUUAAUUGUCCUUAACUAAUAAUUCUUUUCAUAGUCUUUCUUGCAAUAUUUCAAAUAAUCCACCUUACAAAACUUCUUGCAAUCCUACUAGCGUAAUCUGUUCAUCACAGUUACUUUUCAUAUAUUUACUCCAGUCCUCUAAGAAUCUGAUCUCGCAGGUUUCGAAUCCUUCCUGUUAAUUUAUCUAAUUCUGCAUAGUCCAUCAACUUCGUCCUCCGUUCUUCUUUCGUCGGUAGUUCUUCUCGUUUCCAUUUUUGUGCCAAUAAUAUUCCUGCUGCUGUCGUUACAUAUAAAAACAACUUACAAUCCUGCCUGUUAAUAUCCUCUCCUACUGAGCUAGUCGCUGCCUUCCAUCCAUCUGACCUACUUCACAAGGCUGUUGUGGGGAUUAAAUGAGCCGGGGGGGGGGCAGAUGACACCUUGAGCUCCUUAUAGAAAAAAAGCAGGAUAUAAAAUAGAUAUAACAAAAAGGCGGAAUAUCAUUUUUGGGGUUGGACUAGAUGACCCCUGGGUUCCCCUCCAGCUCUACAGUUCUGUGACCCUUUGAAAAUAAAUGAAUAAGUAAACUGUGGAGGCAGAGCGUAGCUAUUCCGUUUUCUCCGUGUGGCUUGCAGAAGGGAUGCCCCCCUGGCUUGGGAUAUUCCCAUUGCUGGAGGGGGGCAUGGACUCAAGCACCCUGGUGGGUCAAAAUCUGCGAUUUUAGCCUGAAGUGGGCUUGCAGAGCGAGUGGGUGUGUGGGGAGCAGGACGGGUCCAGCCCCACAGCUUCGCCGGAGGGUGUCUUGGGGAACUGGCUGCCUUGCCUGAGGAAUGUUAAUGCCAACGGCAGCUGUGAAAUGGGACUCUUGUUUCGGGGGGGGGGGGCGUGGAGAGAGAGACGGCUGUCAGAGAGGGACGGGGUCCCUCCAGUCCCUAAAGACCUCUCCACCACCACUACUCACGCCAGGCCUCUCAGCUGUCUGCUGACAAUUUGCAGAUCUCAGCCCUGGGAGGUUUGCGUGAACAUUCGCUUGAAGACAGCCUUCCUCAGUCCUGGCGCCCUCCAGAUCUCUCAGACUACAACUCCCAUCAGCCUCUGCAGGGCCACAUGGCCAGGGGGGCUCAUGGGGGCACAGCUCCUCCGGCUGGAGCUGGCAGGGGGUGCAGUCCAGAAGUUUUUUGGGGGCCCCACGUUGAAAUGCUCACAGGCUGCCUCUCAGGUUUUCGCAGCAGCUGACCCAGCAAAGUCCAAGCCUUUUGGGAUCUGGGACCCAAGCUCUCUUUGGGGGGGAGCGCUUGGGGGUGUUUGGCCUGGAAAAGAGGAGCUCUUCAAAUACCAAGCUGGUUUCUUGAUGCUCCAGAAGGGAGGACCUGAACCCAGGGCUUCAAACCACAACAAAGGAGAUUCCAACUAAACAUCAGGAGGGGCUUUCUGACAGUGAGAGCCGUUCAACAAGAACAGAUGGAAGGUGGUGGACUCUCCUUCCUUGGAAGUUUUUAUAGCAGAGGUUGGGUAGCCAUUUGUCAGGGAUCUUUCAGCCACAAUUCCAGGGGGUUGGACUAGAUGACCCCCGGGACCCUUUCCAACUCCGCAGUUCUGCGAAUCUCUUCUUUGGCGAAGGGCCUUCUUAACUCAGCGGGAGAGCGCUAGCGUUGCAUGCAGGCGGUCCCAGGCCCAGCCCCCAAUGGCAUCUCCAGGUAAAUAAAUAAAUAACAAAUUUUUAUUUAUACCCCGCCCUUCCCGGUUCAAAAACCGGGCUCAGGGCGGCUAGCAACAAAUUUAAAACACUUAAUUGUAAAAGCAGCAUAAAAUACAGUAUAAAAACGUGAAUAACAAUAAAAUUCAAAGUUCAGAAAUCAAUUUAGGCGAAAUCCAUCCAAUAAGCAUUAGAUAAUCCCCAGGGCUAGCUGGCUGAAUUGGUCCUACUUGGGCCAGUGAGGAGACCAGGGGAGAAUUAGCUCUGGGGUCUCAGAGCAGGUAAUCUUCAUAAAAGGGGGGGAGGAGGGAAGGGAAGGGAAGGGAAAUAAAAGGUCAGGCUGAAUUCAAAAUAAAGGCCAGGCGGAAUAGCUCUGUCUUACAGGCCCUGAGGAAGGAAGUUAAAUCCUGCAGGGCCCUGGUCUCCUGGGACAGAGCAUUCCAUCAUGUCGGAGCCACCACUGAGAAGGCCCUGGCCCUGGUGGAGGAUAGUCUGACUUCCUUAGGGCCCGGGACCUCUAAACUAUGGUUUAGGGCUAUGGUAGGCCUGCCAGAAACCCCUGGGGAGUGGCUGCUGCCAGCCAGUGUAGACAGUAUUGAGCCAGACGCACCAGGAGUCUGACUUGCUAUGGUGCAAGGCAGUUUCUUACAUUCCUAUCCUAAAACCCCCACCAUCGUUUCCCCAGCCCUCUGCCUUCCGCCUUGUAUGCAUCUUUGGGCAGGGACGUCCUGGAGAAUCUUCCUUGGCUCCCCCCCAGCCCCCCGUUCUCUUGCUGCUCCAAGGACUCCUUGCCAUCCCACCCAGCAUGCUGCUGGCCUGGGGUGGUGGGCUUAAGCCCCCGGGGUGGGGGGAGACCCCACUUGGCCGUGAGGAAGCAGCCUUGGGAACCAGUCCCUCGCUCUCAGCCUAAGUGUUGGUGCUGACCUUGAAAGCCCUAAACAGCCUCGGUCCUGUAUCCCUGAAGGAGCGUCUCCACCCCUAUUGUCCAGCCCGGACACUGAGGUCCAGCGCCGAGGGCCUUCUGGCGGUUCCCUCCCUGCGAGAAGCCAAGUUACAGGGAACCAGGCAGAGGGCCUUCUCGGUGGUGGCGCCCGCCCUGUGGAACGCCCUCCCACCAGAUGUCAAAGAGAAAAACAACUACCAGACUUUCAGAAGACAUCUGAAGGCAGCCCUGUUUAGGGACAUUUUUAAUGUUUGAAGUUUUAUUCUGUUCUUAGUGUUCUGUUGGAAGCCGCCCAGAGCGGUUGGGGAAACCCAGCCAGCUGGGUGGGGUAUAAAUAAAAAAUUAUUAUUAUUAUUAUUAUUAUUAUUAUUAUUACCCGCCUCACAGGGUUGUUGUGGCGAUGCAGGGGGAGAAAUAUAUACGCCACAUUGUGCUAUUUGAAGGAAGAAGGUUGGGAGAUAGAUGAUGCUGGCGUCUGUCGUGUCUCGAGAGACAACGGAGUGCGCCUCUGGGGAUCAAAGUGGCCUCCUGGUAUGCAAGCCUGGGCGGUGUGUCUGGGGGUCCUGGGCUGCCCAGAUGAGAAGACACCCCCCCCCUUGGCUUUGCUGGUGUGGCCCAAAUGAAACCAGAGCAGGACAUUGGGCACCAGCUUGGCUGCAGGAGUUGCUGGACGGAGGCGUACAAGGCAUCGUCCAACAAUCUUAGGGACCCCUCUCUGGAUUUCCAUAGGGUUUACUCCUCUGCCUUUUCUUCUCCCAGAGAUACCCUGCCAGGUUUAAGUGAGAUAUAAAUAUAAGAAUACUCAGAAGUGGCCUCCAUGUCCCCCCUGGAGCCAUCCUUGGGCGUGAGCAAGAGGGGACUGCAGGCUUUGCAGCCUUGUCUUCUGGGGGCCUUCUUCCUGUCCACCCCCCAUCAGAGCACCUUUAGCUAGAGGAGAAGCCCCCCCCCCAAAGCCAGGCUCCGUCCUGGCUCCCACCCAGCGUUUCCACCUGCGAGGAAUGUGCAGCCGGCCAGCCAGCAGCAGCGACUUCUUCAAAAAGUCCUCCUUUUAUCCCAGAAAGGAAACAUCUGGUGGGUCGGGGGUUUCUUUUUCCCCAGCUCUUAUUUUUAGCCGGGGUGGGUGGGUGUCGUUUCCCCCUCCCCUUCCCCUGUGCUCUGGCUGGGGGGUGGGAAGGAGAGGGAGAGGAAGGGGCAGCUGCCUCCUUGGUCCGCCUUUGCAGGAGGCAGGCCAGCUGCAAAAUGCCUGGCGGUUCUGCAAGAGAUCAGCUUGCAAGCCAGCCCCCUUCCCUCUGCCCUCCAGGAGGGGAGCUGACCGGCUUCGGGGCGGAUCUCCCCUCCUUCCUUUUGGGGGGUGGGCCGUGGGGCCGUUUCCGCGCAGGGGCAGGCAGGGGGGCAACUGAGCCAGUGGAACAUCUAGGCCUAACCUCAGAUGCACAUUGCGUGACCAUCGCCACUCUCUUAUUUCUUUUAUUUAUUUAUUAAAUUAGUGUCUCUCUUUUUUGCCACGGCAACUCCUCCCAUGCGCAUGGCGUGAUGAUCGCUGCUCUUUAUUUAUUAGUUAAAUUAAUUAGUCACUCUUUUUUUUGCCAUGGCAACUCAAAGCCACUUACAAAAUGACGUGCAAAAAUAUGUGUGUGUUAAAACCAGGGCGGGGGGGAUGCAUUAAAAGCAACCAACGAGCCUCAGCUCUAAAAGGCCACAGGUAGCUGAAGGCCUGGCUGAAGAGGGAUGUUUUUGCUUGGCGUCUGAAGAUAUACAGUGAUGGCGCCUGGCGGGCUUCCCUAAGGAGAGCAUUCUGCAAAUGGGGAGCCACUGGCGAAAAGGCCCCGUUUUGAUGUUCCUUCCGUGGGAGAGGCAGCACAAAGAAGGGCCUCAGGUGACAAUCUAUGAGUCGUAUCUACCUGCAGUUGCACCCCUGUCCAUUGCAGAUGUCUGCCUACUGGAGAUUAUCUCUCCAAAUCAAGUUCCUAGGCAUUGAAAAAUACGUUUGGGGUAGGCGUUUGGUAAAGAUUAGGGCUGGUUUUCAAUAUCGUGAUAUACCACCAGCUACACAUUGUGAUAUACCGACAUAUCGCGAAGUCUGAAACAAAGUUGAAGCUAUGGCUGGCUUCACGGCUUUUCCCGCAGUAUGAUUUUUUGCAUAGCGCAAACACACAUGCGCAUCACGAUUCGCGAUAUAUUGCCUGGUCAAAUCUUAUGAAACCGUUGUCACGAUAUGGAGUUCAAACCUAGGUUAUGUCCUAUCGCCCAGCCCUACUAAAGAUUUUAAAAUUUGGUUUUAUAAUGUGUCUAAAUCAGGGAGAGCCGUUAAAAAAGGAGAUGGGAAUUAAAAGACGAAAAGCGAAACUAUGAAAGGGGCACGUCGAAUAAGUACGUGGGUUGAAAUAGGCGUGGAAAGAAAAAGUGGGAAUAAUAGAUGUUGUCUCCAUGUAAAAAGAAUACCGGCCGCCUUAGGAGAUCAAGUCUAGUUCCCGAUUUGCCAGCUUUGUGACGAAGGUUGUCUCGAAAAGGAUGGUUCCGCUGUAUAUGUAAGAAAGGAAUGCCAGAUCGUAUAAAUAGCGUCUGGAGGUUGUAGCUGAAAUCUCAAAUUAUGUGUAAUUUUCUCUGUUAUAGCUAGGAUGCGGCGGGGGGGGGGGUGAUUUAGUGCCGCAGCUUGCAUCCCUCUGCAGGAGAAGCCGGGCCUGAGUCUGCUUGCAACCCUUUGACACAGCCUCCCCCAACCCGGUGCCCUCCCUGACUAUUGGCCAUGCUGGCUGGGGGCUGAUGGGAGUUGUAGUCCAAAAAAAUGCCAAAUCUGGAAAGCACCAGGCUUGGAAAUGCUGCUGGAAAGACACCUUGUCCCCCACCUUAACCCCUCUCUCGUUCCCCUUCACAUCCUCCUUUCGGGAACCUACAAGAGGAUUAGACAGAUUCACGGAGGAGUUGCUCUUGCGCCCGGAUCCUGCUUGCUGGUUUCCCAUAAUGGGCGUCUGGUCGACCCCCGUGAGGACAAGCUGCUGGGCUCCAUGGACCCCUGUGGCCAGACCCUGCAGCCGGACUCUUCCGAUGUCCUGAUGCAACCUCCAGGGCCAAGGGCAGUCUAUCUGAGAUUCCUCAGUUCUGAGGACAGGAUGCUGGACCUGGUCCGGCAGAUGCUCCUCCCAUGCUCUUGGGGCUGGGCAGCGGAGCGGCCUUGAUCCGGGGCUUGUGUGUGUUGCCUCUUCCUCUCUUCCUGCCUGCCUCUGUUGCCAGGAUAGUGGGAGGAGCCCCUUCUGAAGCAGUCGUGUGUGCAGGGAAGGACGCCAAGGGGUUCAGACGCAGGACACGGAUGGAGGGAGACGGGGGCUGCUGUUGUUGUUGCUGCAGCACGUAGCUCCUCUCUCUGCCUCUGGAUCUGAAGCAAGAGCUGGAAGGAAGGAAGGAAGCUCCCGAGGAGAGGGGAGCCCUUGCAGGAGGGGGGGACGACGGGCUUCCCUCCUUCCUGGCUCCUCCAGACCAAAACCUUUCUCAAGAUCUCCUUUCUCUCUCUCACGUGGUUUAGACCUGCCCCAAGGAAGGAGGCAGCGUCUGGAACACAUCAGACCAUCUGGUACGCAGGCUGAGACCCUCCCUGCCCACAGACUGUCUCUUCAGAGUGGUGCAUGCUCUAGUUAUCUCCCGCUUGGACUACUGCAACGCGCUCAACGUGGGGCUACCUUUGAAGGUGACCCGGAAACUGCAACUAAUCCAAAAUGCGGCAGCUAGACUGGUGACUGGGAGACCACAUAACACCGGUCCUGAAAGACCUCCAUUGGCUCCCAGUACAUUUCCAAGCACAAUUCAAAGUGUUGGUGCUGACCUUGAAAGCCCUAAAAGGCCUCAAAGGCCCAGUAUAUCUGAAGGAGUGUCUCCACCCCCAUCAUCCAGCCCAGACACUGAGGUCCAGUUCCGAGGGCCUUCUGGCGGUUCGCUCCCUGCGAGAAGCCAAGUUAUAGGGAAGCAGGCAGAGGGCCUUCUCAGUGGUGGCUCCCGCCCUGUGGAACGCCCUCCCACCAGAUGUCAAAGAGAACAACAACUACCAGACUUUUAGAAGACAUCUGAAGGCAGCCCUGUUUAGGGAAGCUUUUAAUGUUUAAUAGGUUAUUGUGUUUUAGUGUUCUGUUGGAAGCCCCCCAGAGUGGCUGGGGAAACCCGGCCAGAUGGGCGGGGUAUAAAUGAUAAAUUAUAAUUAUUAUUAUAAUUAUUAUUACCACAGUGGCAGGAUCCCUCCCUUCCCCGCUCAGUCCCUUCCAGCUGCGGAGAGAGGGGUUUUAUCUGGGGAAUUUGUACCUGCCUUCCAAAAGGGAAGCGCUCAGGUGGGGCCUCGCGUCCUGUUUGCACAGCAGCUGCAGUUGUUUGCGCCGGCAGACCCUCUCCUGUAAUCUCCUGGCACCAGAAUCGGAAGCAGGCCUAAACCCAAGCUAGCAAUUGCCAUUGGCGUUUCGGGCCAAGACGGCUCUGAAGUCUUAUUUUUCGAGCGAUGGACUGGCUGUGGUUGAUUCUCAGUUGGACGUCUGGCUAGUUCAGAGGACAACCUUGAGCUCAUUUAAGAGCUUUGAGAACUUUCCUUCUUGAUCAUAUAUUGGCCUCUUCCAGCCUCUUUUUCUUAAGCGGGAGGGCUCCUGCUCAGGCUUCACAGAAAAAGCAUUUUGAUUUCUGAAAUUCAACCCGAUUGUGCAGAUUGAAUAUAACUGAUGGAAUUCUACAGGGUGGGGUCUUAGGGUGCGGAAACAGUCCGGAUCUGGGAUCCCCAGAAGGUGGAGAUAUCCGGCACCACCGUCCUGGCACCCAGGCAUCUUCACCUGGUCGCAAGUGGCCGAAAGCUAGGUGCAAAACGCGCCUGGCUCCUGGCUAAUUUCGAACGCGGCUUGGAAGGUGGAGCAAACUUGUUUUCUACUGCUCCAGAGGGUCGGACCGAACCCAGCAGAUUCAGAUGGCAAGAGAGGAGAUUCUGACUAAACAUCAGGAAGAACUUGGAGGUUUUUUUAAUAGAGAGGUCGGAUGGCCAUCAGUCGGGGAUUCUUUAGCCGUGAUUACUGCAUUGCAGGGGGUUAGACUAGGUGAGCCCUAGAUGGUUCUGCAAUUCUGUAAUUCAACAAAGCUCUGAUUAGCGGAUUUGUGCCAAAGUUAGCGGUGGAGUUCCUCCAGGUCUCAUCUCGCUGCGUUUUUGCUGUGGCAUGUCAGGCAGCUCCUCAGGUCAGCUCUCUUGGCACUGCCAACCGCUAUUGUAAUACUGUACAGGCGGGUAAGCAGAAAGCAGCCUUUAUCUCCAGAAGUCGGGGCUGUGCCUGCCUCCUUCCCUCCCUCCCACCUCCCGAGUAACAGCUCCCCAGUAUUGCUUAAUCUGUGUUGCAGUUGCAUGUUCACUGAUAAGGGGGAUUUUUUCCCGCUUCUUUCACGCCUGCCGUGGUUGAGGGAGGGGCAAGGCCUGGGCAACCACCCAAAGCCAGACAGAAUCUGUGCACACCUUUCUAAGAAAGUUGGCCGCAGCAACGCAUCUUGGCAGCGCUCCUUGUCCCCCAACCCUAAAAGGGAGGAGAACCCCUACUCAGCGCAGCUCUGAUGCCUAAAUAUAUCUCCUCCAUCGCUCUUCCUUAUCUUGGGAAAGGGAAAGGACUCCUCCUUGAGGACAGGUGUCAGGUGUGCGUGCAGGAGCUAGGCCCUGUGACCAAUAGGACUCUGCAGGACUGGGGCCUUCCUAAGUUUGUUCUGAAGAGGCAAGGCGCAGCCACACAGGUGAGGCCGAUAGGUAACUCACAGCACCUGGUGGCAAGAGCCGGGAAGGGAUAUAAGGUCAGCAUUUUGCCUUCGGCUCUUUGCCACAGCAACAGGUUCCCUGCCCUGCUGCAUCUGACUUUGUGACUCCUUGCUUCUUGAUCCUCGGACCCCUGACUUUGUGGCUCCCUGCUUCUUGAUCCUCGGACCCCUGACUUUGUGGCUCCUUGCUUCUUGAUCCUCGGACCCCUGACUUUGUGGCUCCUUGCUUCUUGAUCCUCGGACCCCUGACUUUGUGGCUCCCUGCUUCUUGAUCCUCGGACCCCUGACUUCGUGACUCCUUGCUUCUUGAUCCUCGGACCCCUGACUUCGUGACUCCUUGCUUCUUGAUCCUCGGACCCCUGACUUUGUGGCUCCCUGCUUCUUGAUCCUCGGACCCCUGACUUUGUGACUCCUUGCUUCUUGAUCCUCGGACCCCUGACUUUGUGACUCCUUGCUUCCUGACCCUUGGCUUCUUGACUCCCAGCUCUCUGACCCUCAGACUCUUGGCUUCCUGGCUUCUGGACUCCCGUUCCUGCUCCCACCCCGCCAUCUUGCCCCUGGUCCCAACGUCCCCAGCCAGGACUUCGAUCGCCCGUGAACCGGACCGUGACAACGGGUUUCAACAUUGGGGGCUUUUUUAGGUUUAGAAGGAGCCAGGGGUGGACAUGAAAGUGGUGUCUCAAAUUACGCAUGGAGAAAAUGGAUGGAGAGAAGUUUUUCUCCCUCUUGCAUGACGCUACGGCUUGGGGACAUUUGACGAUGCUGAACGUUGGAAGAUAGAGGAAAGAGAAAACAACGUCCUCCAAGCAUUGCGUCGUUAAGCUGUGGAACUCCCUCCCACCAGAGGCAGUGAUGGCCAAUGACCUAGACAGCUGCCAGAGGGGACUUGACGAAUUCCUGGAAGGCUUUAGAUGGCUCCUAGCCAGGGUGGCUGUUCUGUGCCUCCGCAUUUGGGGUCAGCUUCUUACGACAGUGAUGCUUCUGAAUCCCAGUUGCUGGAAACUGCUUGGGUGUGUGUGUGGGUGGGUGGCUCUUGUGCUCAGACCCUGCUUGCAGGCUUCCCAUAAUGGGAAUCUCGUUGUCCACUGCCAGGACAGUGAUGCUGGACUAGAGGGGCCUCCUUGGACCUGAUCCAAUGUUCAUAAAACGCAAGUCCCCAGAGGAAGCUACAUCCCAUUGCAGACUCCUACUCGCCGGACUCUGAGCGGGGUCACCAGUGUAAGAUUGCCGCUUAUCCUUCCUGUGGACGCCCCCUUCCUUUCUGCCGAGCGUGACACAAAACAGGCCCCCUUCUGCUUAUUGCUUAACGGUUGCAAAGCAGCACGUGGGCUGGUUGAAAAAGCCCUAUGAGGAAGGGCAGAGGGGGCAGAAGAAGAGGAGACCUGGGGGGAGGGGGGGCAGAGGAGACGGGGCAAGAAGGGACUUCAAGGAUUCAGAAAAAGGGGCAACAUUGAUUCCAGCAAAAAAAUGGAAUUUGCUCCAGCUAAAUGGAUAACUUCAGAAUAAGGGUUUCCCAGACUUGGGUCUCCAGCUGUUUUCAGACUACAAUCCCCAUCUUCUCCGGCCACUGGUCCUGCUAGCUAGGGAUGAUGGGAGUUGUAGUCCAAAACAGCUGGAGACCCAAGUUUGGGAAACCCUGGUUUGGACAAGUGCGUGGAGCGUGAAGCUUUGAUUGGCCACCAACCGCGACAACCAUGUUCUCCCUCCACAGUCAGAUUAUAAAUCUAGAUUACGGGCGCCACAACGGAAUGUCUGUUCACCAGGGGGUUGGACAAGAUGACCUUCGGGGGUCCCCUACAACACUACAAUUCUAUAAUCUCAUAGCUUGAGUGUAGCUCGCUCUUACAACAAUUCACUCGUCCCAGUUUGCAAGGAAGGAGAAAGGGACACCGUGGAAAUGGAAAUGGCAUUAACUCUGGACUAAGGUGGAGCUUUUUAAACUGGGGUCGCCAACCUGGUGCCCAGAAAUCUCCACAUUGACGCAGUUGGAGCCAAACCAGUAGCAAAAUGCGGCUGGGGGAUUUCGAACACUGCUCUUGCUGGGGGUCCCAGGCGGGUGGGUGGGGCUGUUGCAUCCACGUCCUGCUUUCGAGGCUUCCUUGUGUGGCAUCUGGUUGGCCCCUGGCAAGAGAGGAAGCUGGACUAGGAGGGGCCCCUUUGGCCCGGUCCAGAAAGGCUUUUCUCAUAUCAAGCAGCUACAGAGAAAUAAUAAUAACAAUAAAAUUUUAUUUAUAUCCUGCCCUCCCCAGCAAAAGCCGGGCUCAGAGCAGCUAACAACAAUAAAAGUAACACAGCAUUCUAAAAUCAAUUUAUUCCAAAAUCAAUUCUGAAUCAAAUUAAAGGCAACCAUUGGGCAAGAGUUCUGUGAGGAUUACCAAAGGAGGGGGUCAGACUGUGCCCUGUGGAACAGCUCCGUCUUGCAGGCCCUGUGGAAAGAUGUCAAGUCCCGCAGGGCCCUGGUCUCUUGUGUCAGAGCGUUCCACCGGAUCGGGGCCACAGCUGAAAAGGCCCUGGCUCUGGUUGAGGCCAGCCUAACCUCCCUGUGGCCUGGGACCUUCAAGAUGUUUUUGUUUGAGGACUGUAAGGUCCUCCGUGGGACAUACCAGGAGAGGCGGUCCCAAAUGAUGAGAGGAUUGGACAAAUCCAUGGAGGACGAGGAGGAGAAGGCUAUCGGUGGUCCCAGUUGCUGGAAACCAUAGGAGGGGAGAGGGCUGCCCUUGGGCUUGGGCCCCACUUCCAGGUUUCCCAGCAGGUCGGACCCCUGGGACGCGGGACGAGUUGGGCCAUUGGGCUGGUCCUGCAUCCUCUUCCUAGGUUGUUAGGAUACUGGUGGCUCUGGAGACCAUGCUGCCUCUCGCGAGUUUCUUGAGCUCACCCCCAAAGGCGCAUUCCUCCAUCGUCUUCCGAGACGGACGGAUGCCAACAGCCACAGGUGCCCAAAGAGACCCAGUUUGUCAGGAGCCCGGUGUCCCCGUCCGGGCUGGCAUCUCCUGCAGCUCCUUCGUCGCAGCUGACUGAGGGGCAUUGCCCAAAGAGAAGCCCCCUCCCUAUGAUGAUAUCCUCCUCCUCCUGGGCCCCCAUCCUCCUCCUGGCAGCUCCCAGCUUCGUUGCACCAGCAGCAGAGUCUCCCUCGGGCCCCGGAGCCAGGCUCCCUCGUGAACAAAACGCUCCCUUCUUCUCUGCCUCGUGCCGCCCUCUCCGGAUCGUAUGGCUGACAAAACGUUUACCCAGCUGGGCCCUCCCGGCGCAUACAGUGGGCAUCUGUGUCUGGGGCAGGGUCAUGUGCACCAGCUGUUCUGUCACUAUUGUUAACUUGGGGGGGGAGAGGCUGGCUCCGUUCCGCCAUCUGCCGGGCUGCUGCAGCACCCUCCUAUCUCUGCCUGCCCCCCACCCCAUAAAAAUGCUGCAUGGGGAGAUGGGGGCAGCAGCACAGGUGAGCUGGUCAGCAUCCUCAGAGCACCAUUCGCACCCAGGUCGAGCGUGUGCCGACCUUGCCCUCAGAGGCGUUGCUCUGCUUCUGAAUCCUGGUUGCUGGAAAACCACAGGUUGGGGGGGAAUUUCUCUUGUCCUCGGAUCCAGCCAGUUCAUCUUAAGCUCAUCAUUGUUACAACCCCUACUCCCCCCCCCCAAAAAAAACCCCAUUCCUCUGGGCAACAUUCACCCAGUUCCUUCAGUCUCUUCCUGCCUCUGCCAGUCUUCAGAAGAUUCUCCUUUCCCGUUUGGCCUCUUCUUCAGAAAGAUGAGGGCGCUCUGUGGCUUUUCUGCAUCUGACCGCAGAGCGGCAGGAGAGCUUAGCUUCCCACUUGAUUUUUGCAAAAACCCUCUCUGCUUUCAGGUGGGUCUGUUCCGAGCAGCCUUCGAAAUUCGCCAGGCGCAUUUUGCAUCUGGCUAUCGGCCACCUGCGACCAGGUGAAGAUGCCCGGGUGGUGCCUGGCGUCUCCACCGCCUGGAGGUGCCUGCCUGGCGACCCUUGAAUCCCACACCAACAACACAUCCUGUAGAAUUCUCUCCCGUUAACAUUUUAUCAGAAUGAAUUUCCGGAACCCAAAAGCCGUAUUGGAAAAUACAAUUUAAGAGCUGUCCGGCCCCCAAAUGGCGACUAGGCCUUCUGUUUUGGUGACACUAACCCUGGUUUAAGGAGCCAUUUGGCGCCCCACUUUCAUAUCUGAGCUUCUAACGCUUGAGAUUUCCCCCCCCCUUGCAGAAAGCCUGCGAUUCCCCUCACCCACGAACCGACCCAUUUUUAAUGCAAAAUGCUUCAAGGAGCAAAAGCUGAGCCGGGAACUUGGAGGCGGGUGGGUUUUGUUGUUGUUCUUGCAGCUGCCAAGGUAGCCUCCUUGCGAGGAAGCCCACCCCAGUGGAGAAGCGGCUGGCCUCAGCCCCACCGCCUCUUCCUCCUCCGCUGGGCACUGGAGGAGCCUCUCUUCCUGGAUACUUGGAAGGGCUGCUUCUAAAUUUAGCUGCUGCUCCUCCUCCUUCUUCCAAAACAUCAUCUGAGCAGACACAAAGCAGAAAGCGAGCGCUAGGCCUUCCUGGAGCUGCCUGCUGGGCUAUCCACCCUCGGUGGACUUCAGAGAGGGAGGACAGCUUGCAGAUUCAUGCACACACCAAAGGCCUUGUCUCUGUCGCCUUCUUCCUGUUAACGGAGAAAUCUGAGGGCUCCCUCGGACAAAACACAAGGACCCCAGCCAGGAAUACCAGAGCAAAACAGAAGCCGGUAGGCUUGGUCUUGAUGGAAGACUGUCGCCACAGGACUCCCACCUGCCAUCAGGUGGAACAAAAGAGAACCCAAACUUUGAUUAGCUGCUAAUCCCCAUGGGUGGCGCUGUGGGUUAAAGCACAGAGCCUAGGACUUGCCUAUCGGAAGGUCGGCGGUUCGAAUCCCCGCGAUGGGGUGAGCUCCUGUUGCUCAGUCCCAGCUCCUGCUAACCUGGCAGUUCGAAAGCAUGCCAGUGCAUGUAGAUAAAUAGGUACCACUCUGGCGGGAAGGUAAACAGCAUUUCCGUGCGCUGCUCUGGUUCGCCAGAAGUGGCUUAGUCAUGCUGCCCACAUGACCUGGAAGCUGUACGCCGGCUCCCUCGGCCAGUAAAGUUAAUCCCACCCUUUUGUCUUCAUCUGGGUUUGUUCAUUCUGGAAUGGCUACCUGUCUGGCACUCAGGUGUCAGGAGGCCAGGAAUUAUCACUCAUGCAGGGAGGCUGCUGAGUAGCUAUAGUAUAUGAAUUUCUGAAGUUUUCCCAGUGAGCCAGUACAUAGAUAGAUUUAUCAGUGAAUUCUUACAUUUGGUAUCGUGCAGCAGAGGCCUUUUGAAUAGAAAGGAAGAAUCUGUGACCAGGUGUUUUGUGGGGGCAAAUCACAAAAGUCACAAAAGUGAUUGUGCUGAUUUUGGUAGUGGGCUGCAUGUGCAUGAUAUUUGCUGGAGGGGCAAACACCCCCCAACCUAUACAUAAAUUCCUGCAACAUUCCCCCAGGCGGAGGGUGGGAAGACUCCUGGAGGAGGGGGUCCAGAGGCAUAGCUGGCCAGAGACUCCCAGAGGGUCAGCAGGGGCAGCCUGCAGGGGUUUGCCUGGCUGGAGAGGAAGCGGUCUGGUCUGACUUGUGAUGAGGAACGGUUGAGGGAGUUGGGUAGGCUCAGCCUGGAGAAGAGACGACAAUAGCCGAUAGGACUUUAGGAAACGUAAAUUGAAUAUUCAGCCACUUAUUAUUGAGGGAAAGUGCGUGGAACAGGUCCCAGUGUUUCGAUUUCUGAGAAUGGAGUUGAGAGACGACCUAACCUGGGGAGAAAACAGCAAAGACCUGAUGAAGAGAGCACAAUCUCUCAAAGGACCUGUUGAUGGCAUUUUACCAUUGCACUGUGGAGAGUGUAUUAACUUAUGGUCUGUGUGUGUGGUUUGGGAGCUGCACGGUCAGGGGAAAAACAAUGCUAUCCAGGGUUGUAAAGACUGCAGAGAGAAUAAUUGGGUGCACUCUUCCCACCUUGGAUCAAAUCUAUGCUGCCAGGUGCCAUAAGAAAGCGGCAGAGAUAGCGCAGGAUAGUGUGCACCCCGGAAAAUGAUCUCUUUCACCUUCUGCCUUCUGGAAGAAGGUCCAGGGUUAUAAAGACUAGGACUAGCUGCCUGAGAAACAGUUUCUAUCCAAAUGCAAUUUUGGUUUUAAACGCAGUGUAAGAUAGUCUCUGGAUGCGGGUGGCGCUGUGGGUUAAACCACAGAGCCUAGGACUUGCCAAUCAGAAGGUCGGCGGUUCGAAUCCCCGCAACGGGGUGAGCUCCCGUUGCUCGGUCCCUGCUCCUGCCAACCUAGCAGUUCAUAAGCACGUCAAAGUGCAAGUAGAUAAAUAGGUACCGCUCCGGCGGAAAGUAAACGGCGUUUCCAUGGCUGCUCUGGUUCACCAGAAGCGGCUUAGUCCUGCUGGCCACAUGACCCGGAAGCUGUACACCGGCUCCCUCGGCCAAUAAAGCGAGAUGAGUGCUGCAACCCCAGAGUCGGCCAUGACUGGACCUAAUGGUCAGGGGUCCCUUUACCUUUAAGGAGUAUAUUGUAUUUUAAUGGGAGUAUACUGUAUUUUAAAAAUGGGGUAUCAGAGUUUUUAGGGGGCUAACCAGGUUGGGAUAGCUGGGAUAGGAGGCUUGUUGGUUUUGAAGGUCUGAUGUAGAUUCCCCCCCCCAAAAAAAUUUCAUUGUUCUGUAUGGGACAAUGACAAUAAAGAUUUUCGUAUUGCACAGGAGAGCCACCUUCAGAAAUCUGAAGGGCUGUCCCCUGUAAGAUUGAGCACAACCUUGUUUCCUGCUGCUGCGGAGGGCAGAACCCAAAGCGAGGGAUUCAAACGAACUUUCAGAGGGUCAGAGCCGUUUCACAGGGGAACGGGCAGACUCUCCUCCCUUGCAGGUUUUUAAGGCUCUCAGAGAUUCUUCAGCUGUGAUUUGUGGACUAGGCAGCCCUUGGGGUCCCACUUUUGCGAUUCCAAAGCCGGGCCAUGCUGAAUCUCGAAACAGUGUAUGAUGUGUAGUUCAAACAGAAUAUACCACUCAAACCCCAACGCACCCCCGAAGCUUCCUGGGUGAGCUUGGAGUCAGUCGCAGCCUCCUAACCUCCCUCGCAGGGUCGUUGUAAAGAAUUGACCGGGGGGGGGGUGAACUGUGUCUUCCUUGGAGGAAGAGGCAGAAUACAGUGGAACCUCGGUGGUCAAACGUUAUCCGUUCCACAAGACCGUUCGACUUCCAAAACGUUCGGCAACCGAGGCGCAGUUGCCGAAAUCCGUUGUGGAAAAACUGAGAAACGCACCUCGGAAGCCGUUCAACUUCCGAGGCGCGUUUUGAAACAGAAGCAUUCGCUUCCGGGUGGUCAGCGUUUGAAAGCUGAAACGUUCGACUCCCGAAACAUUCAGCGACCGAGGUUCUGCUGUACGAAUGCAGUGGAUCAGGUCUUCUGCUCACCUGUGUGAGAGAGCAAGAGAUGCCAGUCAGAUGGAGAUGUCCGUGGCCAACUUGGCCUCCCACCUGAGACCCACACGGUCGCAACUGGACCCACGCCAGUCACAAAGCGUUCCUGGCAUCUGGGGGACUUCGGACGCUCCUUCCCCCUCAGCCUCCAGAACCUGCCCCUGGGGAGGCUUCGCUGUGGGGCUGCCUGGCUCCUCCCCCUCCUCCCCAAAGUGCCCCUCUUGGGCUGGAGCAAAGAGCCUCGGCGGAGGCUUCUGUCAGCCAGCCUGAGUCACUUGGAAGUGUUUUUGGGGGGGGGGCUCCUUUUGGACUCUGCAGGGGCUUCCUGGGAGCUUAAAGACCCUGUUCUGUUCCUUCCCAGACCUCUCCCGAAACCGCUUUGCCGAGGUCCCCGAAGACGCCUGCCACUUGAUGUCCCUGGAGGGGCUGAGCCUGUACCACAACUGCCUCCGCAGCAUCCCCCCCGCCAUCGCCAACCUCCAGGCCCUCACCUACCUGAACGUCAGGUAACUCGCACAAGGGGGAAGCCAGAGUAGGGCCGAGGGAACGGGGUGUUUCACCAGGGCUGCGGCGAGAGCUCUCUGGACUCCCUCGCCUUGGAGUUUUAAAGCCCUGCGCGACUCAGGCCCCCUAUACAGACCCUCCCGGGUGCUGAGAUCGGCAGAGGGGACCCUCUCGGAAGUUCCUCUGGGGCCUGCCCCAGAAGAUCUGUGGGGCUCCCUCCUCCCCACAGAGGUGCGCCCGGCCCCUGGCUUUUGCCACCUGAGCUGCGGGUUUUUAUGACCCCCCUUGUUUCCCUGGUUGCAAGCUGUUUCGAAUUGGCUUUUAUUUCUUUUCAGUUUCCCAAGGUUAUUCCAACAAUAGCCCGAUGAUGACAAUGCCGUUUCACAUCUUUUCAAAUUGUUCCUUUUUUUAAAAAAAAUAUUUUUUAUUAAGAAUUUAAACAAAACAUAUUAUCUUAAAACAUAUCACCCUUGAUUUCCCCCCUCCCCUCCCCCCCCAACUUCCCUCAGCUCCAGUCUCUGGUUUCUCUACAAAUGCUAUUCUCUGCAUGUUACAAAACUGUAUAGAUCCUUAAUUUAUCUGACUGAUUAUUGUCAAUAAAGAGUUUGUGAGUGUUUAUUCAAAACCUGCCAAGGAGUCCAGUUCACUUUGUUGUUUCUUUAAAUACUUUGUAAAAGGUUCCCAUUCAUCUUUAAAAUCGCAGUUAUCCUUGUCCCGUAGUUUAUGUGCCAGUUUUGCCAAUUCUGCAUAGUCCAUCAAUUUCUCUCGCCAUAGUUCUUUAGUUGCUGUUUCCGCGUUCUUCCAUCCAUGUGCUAUUAAGACUCUUGCCGCCGUUGUCGCGUACAUGAAGAUAUUUUUGAACUCCCUUGGCAGGUCUUUCCCUACAAUCCCUAACAAAAAUGCUUCCGGUUCCUUAACAAAUGUUAGAUGGAACAUUUUCUUCAAUUCAUUGUAUAUCAUUUCCCAAAACUUUUUAAUUUCAUUACAUUCCCACCACAUGGGGUAGAAUGUCCCCUCUUUUUCCUUACUUUUUAAAUUGCUUCUGACGCAGCAGCUUGCCGUGGGACCUCGGGGUGAAAGUCGGGAAAUAGAUAAGACAAAAUGGAAUAAGCUCCCCCGCUCCCUUCCUCAUUCCUCAGCCCACCCAUCCUGCUUUGCCAGUCUCCCCUGAGAUUUGGGAAGCCAGAUCUCUCCUUCUCCUCCUCCUCCACUGUUGUCUUCUUCCCUGCAGCCGGAACCAGCUCUCUUCCCUGCCCUCCUGCCUCUGCCGGCUGCCCCUCAAGGUCCUCAUCGCCAGCAACAACAAGCUGGUCUCCCUGCCUGACGAUAUCGGCACCCUCAGCACCCUCCGCCAACUGGUGAGUCGGUAACGCCAUGGUGUGGAAUUCCUCCAAGGGGCAGGGUGGGCACCUCUUGCUUGCCUUCCCCCAGGGUUCGGCCUCGCUGGUGUCUCCACGCUGAGCUGGGCUGAAGCCACGUGGGCGGUGGGAGGGAUCCCCCAAGGCCCUCCAGACCUGAACCCCAAAGGCAGCAGGACCACCCCCCCCCAACACACACAGCCAUCACAUGCUUCAAUCCACUAGGACAAUCCCCUGUAUCCCUCUCUCACCCCAAAUCGCCUUGAGGAUGCCUAGGUAGAAUUGUGAUGGGGGGCCCCCCUCUCUGCCCACUCAAACAUACCGAGACAACACGAGAACGGGGCCUUUUCUGUGGUGGCUCCCCAUUUGUGGAAUGCCCUCCCCAGAGAGGCUCGCCUGGCGCUACCGUUGCAUGUAUUUAGGUGCCAGGCAAAAACCGUCCUCUUUACCCAGCCCGUCAGCCGUUAGACAGUCUAUGUCCUUUUAAUUUUAUUGGUUUUUAUUGGUUUUUUUUAUUGUUUUAUCUAAACUGCUUUGAGGUAGUGGUUGCAUUUUUAAAAAAUAAAAUUAAAUUGCUAAUUAUGUAAGUUUUAUGAAAUAAAUAAGCUUUCUCUCCCUGCCCCAUGUGAUAUUUAUUUAUUUAUUUAUUUAUUUAUUCAUUCAUUCAUACAUACAUACAUACAUACCCCACCCUCCCCGGCCAGAGCUGGGCUCAGGGAGGCUAACACCAGUAAAAUUAUAGUAAAAACAUAAUGGGGGGGGAACAAUUUAAAAUACAGGUUAAAAUAAAAUUUUAAUUUAAAAUGCAGCCUCAUUUUAAUAGUAGCCCAUAGAUCAAAACCAAUACGGGGAGGGAAACAUAAGGGUCAGACUGAGUCCAGACCAGAGGCCAGGCGGAACAGCUGUCUUGCAGGCCCUGUGGAAAGAUGUCAAGUCCCUCAGGGCCCUGGUCUCUUGGGACAGAGCGUUCCACCAUGUCGGGGCCAGUGCUGAAAAGGCCCUGGCCCUAGUGGAGAUGUCUCCAAAGCGGUCUUAGUACUGGCACCCUUAAGGCUCUCUCCCUGCCUCCAGGGCUCUCCCUCCCCCCACCACCACCACCGCUGGGAUGGGGCUCUGCUCACCUGUGACCUUUCCCCGAAUCCUCUUUUCUGCCUCAGGACGUCAGCAGCAAUGAGCUGCAGUCCCUGCCGGCGAGUGUGGGCGGCCUGGAGUCUCUUCGGGACCUCAACGUCCGGAGGAACCAAAUCGCCGUCCUGCCCGAAGGUCGGUGCCUGCCCAAAGCCUCCCUCCUUUGCCGGCGCCGUCUGGGCACCGGCAGACCCCCUGCUUCUAAACUGGCGACGGAGGCAGCCCUCCCUGCCCCUCUUCUUCCCCUCGCUCACGGACGCCUGUGCUUUGCCCCACCUCAGAGCUGGCGGAGCUGCCCUUGGUCCGGCUGGACUUCUCCUGCAACCGUGUCGUCCGCAUCCCCACCUGCUACCGCCACCUGCGGCACCUGCAGUCCAUCCUGCUGGAGAACAACCCGUUGCAGUUCCCACCUGCGCAGGUAACAGGGGAGCGGGGGGGGCAGGCAGCUGAGAGCAGAGACUGCUUGGAAGGUGGUUCUGUGGUUCUGCCCACCCUUUCCAUUUAUCCUGCCCUUAGUGGGGGCUCUCAGUGGGGCCUGGGGGCCAGGAUGUGCAACAGGCUGGCAGGGAAGGCAGGCACGAUCCGGCAACUCGUCGCACCUCCUCCUCGCUAAACAGGGCGAACGGCCUUCGUUUUCCGGGACCGCCGCUGCCACCCUGUGACCCAGCGCCCCCGUUCUCCCCACAGAUCUGCUCCAAAGGCAAAAUCCACAUCUUCAAAUACCUCAACAUGGAGGCCUGCAGCAAGGCGCGGCCGGACCUGGCAGAAUUCGCACAAGGAACCCGCCCCGCCGGCUUCGGGACAUGGUAAGGCGGGCAGUGGGGGGACUGGGCGGCUCUGCUAAGCAGCUGCUGCCGCAUGGGAAGGAGGCAGGGUGCCUGGGGCCAGGAGGGGGAGGCUGUACCUGGAAAGAGGCGGCUCUGGAGCUGCUUUAGCCACCGGAUUGGGGCUUGAAGAGCAUUGUUUCCAAGAGGCUUGUUUCCGUGUCUGUUCCCACAGCCUCCCGGACGAUUUCUACCCCGUGAGGCAGUAUGGCGGCCUCGAUUCGGGCUUCAACAGCGUCGACAGCGGGAGCAAGCGGUGGUCAGGGAACGAGGUGCGGGAACGCCUUUCUGCUUUGCUUGCGGUGACGUUUUUUGCAGUUGCAAAGGGGAGAGAGGGAGGACUUCGCAGGGGCCCUGAUCCCUGCCUAGGCGGCCCUCAAAAACCUUAUGGCCAGAGGGGCGUGACCUGAGCCUCCCGGCCUGUUGUCUUCCAUCCUAGUCACGCUGUUAUAAGAUUGCAGGGUUGGAAGGGAUCCGCAAAGCUCAUCCAGUCCAGCCCCCUGCCACGACUCCAUAGUGCCUGAGAAGCAGCCAAUGAUCACAUCUCAGUAAUGCCUGGCAGAAAUAUUAAUAAUAAUAAUAAUAAUAAUAAUAAUAGUAAUAAUAAUAAAUUUAUUAUUUACACCCCGCCCAUCUGGCUGGGUUUCCCCAGCCACUCUGGGCAGCUUCCAACAAAGUAUUAAAAUACAGUGGUCUGUUAAACAUUAAAAGCUUCCCUAAACAGGGCUGCCUUCGGACGUCUUCUAAAAGUCUGGUAGUUGUUCUUCUCUUUGGCAUCUGGUGGGAGGGCUUCCACAGGGCGGGUGCCACCACUGAGAAGGCCCUCUGCCUGGUUCCCUGUAACUUGGCUUCUCGCAGUGAGGGAACCGCCAGAAGGCCCUCAGAGCUGGACCUCAGUAUCCAGGCAGAACGAUGGGGGUGGAGACGCUCCUUCAGGUAUACUGGACCUUUGAGGCCGUUUAGGGCUUUCAAGGUCAGCACCAACACUUCGAAUUGUGCUCAGAAAUGUCCUGGGAACCAAUGUAGGUCUUUCAAGACCGGAGUUAUGUGGUCUUGGCAGCCUUUCCGGGUCACCUUCCAAGGUAGCCCCAUGCAGAAGGCUAUCCAAACCUUGCUUAAAAUACGAAGGAGAGUCCACCGCCUUCCAGGGCCAUAGAAUUCUAGCAUCAUAAAGUUGGAAGGGACCCUCGUGGGUUACAUAGUCCAGCCCCCUGCAAUGCAGGAAUCGCAGCUCAAGAAUCAAGCCGCCUCUGCUUAAAAGCAAAGGAGUCCGUUCAGCUGUCGGACGGCCCUUACCACCUGCCGUUUGCUGUUUCUCCUCCUUCACCGCCCCUCGUUCUCCCCGCUUCUCAGUCCACAGAUGAGUUUUCAGACCUCUCCUUCCGCAUUGCCGAGCUGGCCAGAGACCCCAAGCAGUUGAGGGAGAAGCGCAACGGGACAGGUGAGCAGCCAGGCAAAGGGAGGGCGUGGUGUUGCUAACAGCAAGACCUGACUUUGGGCCUGGAGGGAGGGGGAAAGAGGGAGAGCUGAGCCCUAACCUCCUUCCUUCCUUCCUCCGUUCCCACAGUGGAUGCGGCUGAUCUGGAGCAGAUUGACUACAUCGACAGCAGCGUCAACGGCGAGGAAGAGGAGGACGAGGUCUCCGUGGGAAAGUCAGAGAGCACCUCUCUGGGGACGGCACCCUCCGAGGUGAGAAUGGAGCUUGCCCCCCUCCUUGCAGAUCUUGCGGUUACUCUUGGGUCCUCCCGGGGCAGGAUUUUCCCGCGUCCUGCUGGGAGAGUAGGAAGGGAGUUCAGGGGUAGCGUCCGAGGAUGGCGAGGCCCCUUGCGUUCUCCACAAGCAGAGGAAUAACUCUAGGGUCCUGGGCGGGCAGAGUGUGGCGUUUGGGGGCUGGGGGCAAAAGCUUCUGAAUCAUCUUGUUUUGCUUGAACAAGAUGAUCACCAGGGGGGUGAUAGGAGGGUUGGACUGCCAAUAGGAAGACGUCCUGACCACCUUCUCGUGUCUGAGUUCCACAGUUCAGCUGUGAAAAAGGGGCUUUGUUUUCUCUGUCCCAAAUCCCCCAACGCUCCGCUUCACAGGACGAGUUCUGGCGUCACGAGAGAAGGAUGGAAGCUUUUCCCUAUCCGCCUUCUCCUCCCCAGGCAUAAUUUUCUAAGCUGUCACAUUGCAGCUUCAACCAGCAAAUUAAUUCCUCCCUUUUCCCCCCUUUAUUUGCUCACGUUUUCUCUCCUCUUGGCCUCUUCUAGGACUUCCAGAAACCCAGGAAGAGCUCCUCCACUUCCCUCCAGAAAACAGGACUUGCGGAGCAGGGCCCGACCGGCAGGUGUGUGGCGCCACCUUGCGGCCAGCUCCCUGCGCAAGCGGGCAGGAUCUCGCACUGGAUGCAGCCUUGUCCCUGUGGGGUCUCCUUUCCAUCUCCUCCAGCUCCCCUUCCUCCCAGGGUGCUGUUGCCCCCUACUCAAUCCUGAGCUUGGGGUGUGGGGUCCUCAAAUCCCUCUUGGCUGCUGGGAGUGGCCCAAACCCCACAUGCUUUUCUGGGCUUUGAACCCACUUGCUGUGGGGCGGUGUUCCCUCCUGCUGAAAGGGGAGAAGCUUUUCCCUUUUGCAGGGGGUCAGGCGGGCAGCCAGUGAUGGGCAGUGUUAACGGAGAAAUCUGAGGGCCCCCUUGGACAAAAAACAAGGACCCCAGCCAGGAAUCCCAGAGCAAAACAGCAGCCAGUAGGCUUGGUCUUUAUUGAAGACUGUGGCGACAGGACUCCCACCUGCCACAAGGUGGAACAGGAUGGAAGCCCCGAACAAAAGAGAACCCAAACUUUUGUUGGCUGCUCAUCCCCAUGUUACACCCCCCCAAACUACAUCACAGUUACAUCAUGAAAGGGGAGGUCUGGUGGCAGUAAUCUGAGCAUCCUGGACCCUGCCCCAUGGUUCCCCUUGCCCUCCACCAAACACCCACCAAGUGGUACAAAAUAGAUAUUUACGUUUUCCUGUUUCCCAGACAAGUUAGUCACACCCUUUUGUCUUCAUCUGGGUUUGUUCUUUCUGGAAUGGCUACCUGUCUGGCACUCAGGUAUCAGGAGGCCAGGAAUUAUAACUCAGGCAGAGGGGCUGCUGAGAGGCUGAGCUCACGUGUCUAGAUGAAUUUCUGAAGUUUUCCCAGGGAGCCAGUACAGAGAUACAUUGAUCAGUGAAUUCUUACAUUUGGUAUCGUGCAGCAGAGGCCCUUUGAACAGAUAGGAAGAAACUGUGAUGACUUGUGGGGACAAAUUACAAAAGUGAUUGUGCUGGUUUUGGUAGUGGGCUGCAUGUGCAUGAUAUCUGCUGGAGGGGCAACCCCCCCCCCCCAACCUAUACAAAAAUUCCUGCAACAGUAGCGACCCCCAUGCUUAUUGUGUCCUGCGCUGCUGGGCGUGGCGAUUGUCCCCCCACGGUCUCUGCGACCCCCUGCCUCUUGCUUCCCCCUCUCAUCUAGGGCCAGCCUUCCCCGGCCGGAGCCAUUUGGGGAGGAGCGCCGUCGCCCCGAGAUCCUUCAGCUGUGGCAGGAGAGGGAGCGCCAGCAGCUUCAGCAGCGGCCCCUGUGGAGCCAGGGGGCCGAGAGGAGGGAGAGGUAACAGCCGGGAGGGGUCGGGGGCUGGUCCUUCUGCUUAUUUCUGCCCUUUGUGGCUCAGGGCCCUCGUAUUUAUGGGACUGCCUAUCCUGGUCUGCCCCGCAGAGGACCUUAAGGCCCAUGAAUAAUCACAGUUUAGAGGUCCCGGGCCCUAAAGAAGUCAGACUGUCCUUCACCAGGGCCAGGGCCUUUUCAGUGGUGGCUCCGACCUGGUGGAAUGCUCUGUCCCAGGAGACCAGGGCCCUGCAGGAUUUAACCUCCUUCUGCAGGGCCUGUAAGACAGAGCUAUCCUGCCUGGCUUUCAAUUUGAACUUAGCCUGAUCUUUUAUUCCCCUUCCUUCCCUCUCCUUCCCCUUUUUAUGAAGCUUACCCGCUCUGAGACCCCACAGCUAAUUCUCCCCUGGCCUCCUCGCUGGCCCAAGUAGGACCAAUUCAGCCAGCUAGCCCUGGGGAUUAUCUAAUGCUUAUUUCCCCUAAACUGAUUAUUGAAUAUUUUAUGGUUAUUCAUGUUUUUGGACUGUAUUUUAUGCUGCUUUUAUAAUUAAGUGUUUUAAAUUUGUUGUUAGCUGCCUGCAGCCCAGUUUUUGAACCGGGAAGGGUGGGGUAUAAAAAAAAUUAUUAUUAUUAUUAUUAUUAUUAUUAUUAGCAGUAUUUGCAUACUACCCUAUCAUUAAAAAUGCAGCAAUAAAACCAUGCCAUAAAAGCCACAAGAAGCUGGAAGCAGACAUUGCUUAACCCUCGUGGAAGGAGCUGCCCUUAACUGCCUGCCUGCAGCCCCAAGCCGCGCGCCCCCCCAGUGCCUGUCAGAGGGAGGACUUGAACCCAGGCCUCCUCACCCCAAUCCUCUGCCCACUUUAUGCUGUUGGCUGCUAUUGCUAUCAUUCUCUUCAUCAAAUAAAUAAGAUGGCACUCCCAUCUUAAAACUCAGAAGCCAGUGGCUGCACCUCAGUUUUUGAAGCAUCUUGGAAGCCAAACGUUUCGGAACCCGAACAUCGAAAACCCAGAAGUAAUUGCUUCCGAUUUCGAACGCACCUCGGAAGUCAAACGGCUUCCUAGGCGUGUUUUUCAUUUUUCUCCCUUGACUUUGCCAACCACCCUUUGCACCCUUGGUUGUCGAACAUUUCGGAAGUCUAACGGUCUUCCGGAACGGACCGCGUCCGACAACCGAGGUUCCACUAUAUUUCAUUUCAUUUCAUUUAUUGCGUUGAUAGCCCAGCCUUUUCCUCCGAGGUGGUGUGUGUGAUUCUCCUCCUCCUCCUCCUCCUCCUCCUCCUCCUUUAAUCCCCACAACGACCCGGCGGGGUAGGUUAGACUGGGAGGCGGCGAUGACUGGCUUCACGGCCAAUUGCAGGGAUUUGAACCCAGGCCUUGAACCCUGUAACCGCUACGCCAGCCUGGCUGUUGGGAAAGGGGUUCCUGAGUGAUGCAGCCCUUCCACCCAGGACACCAGCUAGACUGGUCCAGCCUCUCUCUCUCUUCUUGACUCCGGGUUUCUUCUCUCCCCCAUGGCAGCCUGGCAGAAAGCAGCAGCAGCAGCAGCCUCUCCCAGCUGAAGCAUCGGAACCAGGUAAGGACAGAGGGAGGGGGCAUGCAUGUCUCCCCCUGUGUCUGCUUUCCAUUCAGAACAUUUUGGGCGCUCUUCACGUGGUUUCACAAUGAAGGCUAUCUGAUCCAGCUGCAAACACCUCCUAGUAUGGAGAGGACCCUUUGGUUCCUUCCUGGGAUUAUAUAUGGUGGGAUUAUAUAUGGACUGUGCAGCUUGGGGGCUCCAGCAUUCCUCUCCCGGGGCCCAGGGGACCGCACUGGGCUCUCCGACCACCGACGGCAAAGUUCUCAAUGCUCUCCAACUUUCAAAGAAUCAGUACCAAUGACCUUCUAGGCUGUGGGACAUAGAUCGCCAGGAACUAAUCUCAGCUGCGGGGAAAAACAUGUUCCCCUCUUUAUUUUCGACUCUCUUGGGCGUAGGAAUUUAACCUUAAUUAUUUACAAUUUUUGUUUAACCUGCAAGAAAGAAGGGCUUUUCCGCUGGCUAGGUUCAAUUCUAAUCCUUCUAACCUCCUUUGGGGUAGGUUUGCGGGUUUGGCAGAAGGAGACAGGAUCUGCCCAUGCGAUGCCCACCUGGUGGAAACUCUAGCUCACAUGGCCCUUAAAUGCAAAAUGUAUGGUGAUCUCUGCCAACAAUUUCUAGACCAUCUACGUAUUCCAACAUGGAAACCAGAGACAGAGGUCAUACGCUUCUUAUUACAGGGGAGAGACCAGGAGCUCACCAAGACAGUAGCUAAGGUCCUCUAUUUGAUUUUUUUUUUUGUCGCUGAAGUACACUACAGGAUCCUGCCCUUGCUGGAAACCCACAGAGAUGAAACGGGUUGCUCGCCUCUUCUUCCCUUUGGCGGGUGGCUGUGCUGUUGAAGUGGCGACGAGAUCACACUGGCCUAUUUAUUCUGAAUGUAUUCUGAAUGUUCCUAUGUGAUGCCAAUACGUAAAGGUUACUUGACUUGGCCAUGAAGGCUCCCUGCCAGACAGGAGGGCCGGCAUCUUUUGUGUGUAACUUGAGCCACAUCGCUCAGGUAUCUUCCCCUCCCUUUGUGUAACGACAUGAGCAGAGCCUGCUGGGAUCAGGCCAGCCAUCUGCCUAGUAGUCCAGCAUCCUGUUCUCACAGUGGCCAAUUGCCCCUAAGGACCUAGGACUCCAGAUAGACUGCCACCAGACCUGGAGGCUCCAUAAGAAAAGCUGUGCUGCUGGAUCAGGCCAAAGGUCUAGCCCAGCACUCUCUUCUCACAGAGGCCAGCCAGGUGUGUGGCGUUCCCAAAGCAAGGAAGGAUUGGACUCUGAUGAAUAAAAUACACACGAGGCUUCACCAGCAAGAAUCUCGGAGGAGUGCGUAUAAUAAUAAUUCCUGCCCACCCUCCGGCCCAGGUCGUUUUAUUCACAAAAGAACUUUUUACACAGUGUCCGUAAGAACCAAUCAGAUUUCAAAAAAACCCACGUGGGACAAAAUUAAAGAUUAAAACUACAAAGAGCUGAUUUCAGCAUGCAUAGUAGUCCAGAGUAAAUAAAAUAGGACUGAAAGGAGGAAUGCUUUUAGGAAACCCUGAAGGUUAUAAACAGGAGUAAACAGGAGAGGCAGUAUUUACCAUCUCCUUGUGAACUCUCUUCCUGGCCCUUAAGAUCUAUCUAAAGAUUAAACUACAUCAAAGUAACCCACUAUCUUUAUGUACUGAGGAUGCCUGAGGAAGCAACUGGCCUGUGUUUCAGAAUGCUUAUACGUGCCUGUCAGGCGUAGAGAACGCAAAUGGCAGAGGUGGAGAGGCCUGUGGGAUUCGAUCAGAAACUAUUGUCAAUGAAUCAAACCCAGUCAACGCAAUGCUUUCAUCGCGGACACGAUGGCUUGCUCCAUAUUUUUUAUAAUUCCUCGUAGCAAUCCCACCUGACCCCCACACUCUGGAUAUUUGCACCCCUACAUUGGGGCCUGCUGGAAACCUGCCAGCAGGAUCCGAGCACAAGAGCGCCCUUCCCCUCCUGGGGUUUCCAGAAACUGGCGUUCAGAAGCAGCGCCACCUCCAGCUGUGGAGGCAAACCAUAGCCAUGGAGGCUAGAAGCCAUAGGUAGCCCUCUCCUCCUCCAUGAAUUGGUCUACUGCUCUUUUAAAGGCAUCCAAGUUGGCGGCCAACCCUGUGGCAGGGAGUUCCGCAGUUCAAUGAUGCGCUGCAUGAAGAAGGACUUGGUUUUAUCUGUCCUGAAUCCAAGUAACGGUGCCCCCUUUCCCCACCCCAACCCCAAUCUCUCUUUUAGGGACCAGAGCAGCUGUCUGGCUCCCCCAGGCAAACUCUGCACUCCGCAGGUGAGUUCCUCCCAAUAUCUGGAGGGGGGCGGGCACAGGUGAGUCUCCUGGCAAGCAGAGGGGGAAGCUUUUAUUUAUUUCAUAAAACCCGGUAAGAAGCAAAAGCCUCAAAGUGGUUUGCAAUGGAAAAUCAACAACCGUAAUUCAAGUUAAAAUAGCGAUAGACUAAAAACAAAUUGAAACUCACGUCGACUUUCUUAACACCUGGGAAGGCUUGUCUAAACUCCAGGGGUGGAUUUUGGGCUUUCGGAUUUGAGAGUCACCCCAUGUGACACCCUACCUCUCGCCUUCUGUUCCCCCGUCAGCAAUCGGUCUGCAACAUUCUGCACUGACAACCGCCUCUGGUUCAGGCACAAGGGAAGCCCCACAUUGAGGGAUGCCUUAAGGCAUCUCCUUUCCUUGGGUGCUCAGAGCCUGCAAAGCGGUGUGUGUGUGUGUGUGUGUGUGUGUGUGUGUGUGUGUGUGUGUCCCUGGCAGGCAGUUUGCAAGACUGGUGCAGGAUUGAGGUUGGGGAGGCAGGAAUCUGGUGGUCUCCUCUGGGGCGUCAAGGCGUCCAUUUGCUCCCUGCCACCUCCUCCCCCUUUCUCCUCCAGUGCAAAUCCCCAGCUCUUUUCUCAUCCUCUCCCUCCUUUGCAGAUCCCGUUCACCCUGCCUACCCUUCGUCCCGGGAGCCCGGCUCCGUACAGAAGCCUUCCAGCUUCCUUUUCCGCUCCUCCUCACGGAACAACAUGCAGCGGGGCUCCGGUGAGUAGGGGAAAGGGGAGGAGCCUCUGUAGGGACUCGCCCCCUCCGUCGGGCAGCGGGGCUGCUGGGCCCUCUGCGGCUACGCAUCUCCCCCCUCGCCCCAAAGGGUGUGGCCUCCUGACGCAGCCAAACGGGGCUUGGGAUCGGGGCCAGUGCAGGCUCCCAGAGGCCACCCUCCAUCAACAUGGUCCAUUGGCAGGUUCAGAACCCCACAGCAUCAAUUCUCGCCAGCGAAAUGGGGCUGUGGUAGACCGUGAGGUGCCCUUGUUUCUUUUGGUUAUCUCUCGCUUGGACUACUGCCAUGCGCUCUCCGUGGGGCUACCUUUGAAGGUGACCUGGAAACUACAAUUAAUCCAGAAUGCGGCAGCUAGACUGGGGACUGGGAGCGGCUGCCGAGACCACAUAACACCAGUCUUGAAAGACCUACGUUGGCUCCCAGUAUGUUUCUGAGCACAAUUCAAAGUGUUGGUUCUGACCUUUAAAGCCCUAAACAGCCUCAAAGGUCCAGUAUACCUGAAGGAGCAUCUCCAUCGUUCUACCCGGACACUGAGGUCCAGCGCCGAGGGCCUUCUGGUGGUUCCCUCCCUGCGAGAAGCCAGGUUGCAGGGAACCAGGCAGAGGGCCUUCUUGGUGGUGGCGCCCGCCCUGUGGAGUGCCCUCCCACCAGAUGUCAAAGAGAACAACACUAUCAAACUUUUAGAAGACAUCUGAAAGCAGCCCUGUUCGGGGAAGCUUUUAAUGUUUAAUAGGUUAUUGUAUUUUAGUGUUUUGUUGGAAGCCGCCCAGAGUGGCUGGGGGGACCCAGCCAGAUGGGCGGGGUAUAAAUAAUAAAUUAUCAUCAUCAUCAUCAUUAUUAUUAUUAUUAUUAUUAUUAUUUGGAGUGAAGGGCACCCAGGUUUAUUACAGUUUACGCGUUGCGUUUCCGCCCCACCUUUUCCUCUGAGGAGCUCAAGGUGGCACACCUCGUCCCAUCCCAUCCCCAAUUUUUAUUUUAUUUUUUAAAUAAUUUUUAUUAACAAACCAAUCAAAUCACAUUAAUUCCAAAUUACAUAACCGAAUUUUAAAUUUUUGUUGGGGGUACCCAUGCUUCGAGCUCCGAAAGGGAUCCAAUCAUCUUUAUUGCUGCUGCUUUGAUGUUCACAGUUCUGUCCGAUUAGUAUUCACAGUUCUGUCCACUCCUCUCUUUGUUAUUUUCCUCAUCUCUUCUUGUUGUUAUCGUAUGUUUUUCCUUUCUUUGUCACCUCUGCCAUCCCCAAAUUUUUAUCCCCUAUGGGGGAAGCGAGGCUGAGAGGCAGUGACUGGUCCCCGAGGUCACACCCAGUGAGCGUCACAGCCCAGUGGGAGCAUUUGAACCCAGGUCCUGAUUGAACCCUCUAAUCACUGCACCACACUGGCUCUACGGCUUCUGGUACCCUUCUUUGGAGUAACCCCCACAUCCAUCCAGCCUUCCAGGCCCCCGCCCCAUUAAUUUCAGGAGGGCAGAAGCUGCGAGGGGCACGAUGUGGAUGUAAAUUGGAUUCUUCUGCGUGGCACGACCUGGCUCUCUUCCCAGGCCUCUGAAUGAGGAACUGGUGGCUUUGAGCUUUCCCCCCUCUUUCCUCCCCAGGUUCCUUCUCGCCCGACCUCUCCCCUUCUGAGCUCAGGAACCAGCGGAGGCUGCGUGCCGGAUCGCAGGCCCAGGACGAGAGGGAGCAUACGGCUCAGCUGCGCAAGGUACAGACCCCCCAAGAGCCAGGAGGAAGCCGCUUCCAAGGGGGCGCAUCUCCUGGCGGCUGAACUGUAAACAAAACCUCGCAUUAGGAGUGUGAUGGGCUCAACAGGUAUACCGCCCCGUACCCAUAGCUCCCAGGGCGGCUCACAACACAGAAGCGCAAUAAAAAAGGAAAAUGCAGAAUAAAAAUAAGAGAAAUACAGUGGUACCUCUGGUUGCGAACGGGAUCCAUUCCGGAGGCCUGUUCACAACAUGAAAAGAGCACAACCUGAAGCGCCAUAUCUGCGCUGGUGCGCGGUGUGAUUUGACGCUUCUGCGCAUGCACGAGUGACGAAACCCGGAAGUAAUCCUGUCUGGUACUUCCGGGUCGCCACAGGACGUAACAUGAGGUAUGACUGUAAAAUCCUAUGCCGCUUUAUAUUUUUGAGGAAGAAAAUGUUGAAGCGGUUUAAAGCCUUUGUUAACACAUCAGACGAAACAUUCAGAAAUGCAGGCAGCAACCGUUUGAGGCGCGUUCGAAUCGUGCCCAACUCAGGAGUGGGCAGAAAGCAUCUCUAGAAGGGGCGGUGCAGGGUGUUGGCUUUCUCGGCGGUGAUUCAAAGACACGUGAUUUCACUGAAAUGCAAGGUGCCUUGGAGCGUUACCCCCGUGUCGGUGGGGUAAAGGUAAAGGGACCCCUGACCAUGAGGUCCAGUCGUGACCGACUCUGGGAUUGUGGCGCUCAUCUCGCUUUACUGGCCGAGGGAGCCGGCAUACAGCUUCCAGGUCAUGUGGCCAGCAUGACUAAGCUGCUUCUGGCGAACCAGAACGGAAAUGCUGUUUACCUUCCCGCCAGAGCGGUACCUAUUUAUCUACUUGCACUUUGACAUGCUUUCGAACUGCUAGGUUCGAGCGGGGACCGAGCAACGGGAGCUCACCCCGUCAUUGCGGGAAUUCGAACCGCCAACUUUCUGAUCGGCAAGCCCAAGAGGCUCAGUGGUUUAACCCACAGCGCCACCUGCAUCCCCGUGUCGGUGGGGAGCUGCCUGUAAAAACAUUGCAGAAGGCGCUGAAGAUGGAGUAAGCGUGGAUGGCUUGAGGGGGCAGCAACGGAGGGACGUUGCGGGUCUGCUCUGACCUCCCUAGUCAGAGGCAGUGAUGUGUCCGAGUCCCAGAAGGAACGGCAGGAGGCGAGAGGGAUCCGCUUGCGCUCGGAUCCUGCUUGUGGCUUCCCCAUUGAGGCCUCUGGUUGGCCACUCUGAAAACAGGAGGCUGGACUCCCAUGAGCCCCCAGGGGCCUGAUCCAGCUGGCUCUCCUUACGUUCUGCCGUUCUUCGGACGCUGAGCCUGACCCAGCAGGGCCCUUUGUAAGUUCUUACUCUCUCCCGGUAAAAGAUGACCAGCAUUAGUGGCGCACAGCUCCAGAGGAUGCUGAGAGGUGGAUGUCCAGGGAGCCCUCUAUCCCUGGCCUGACUGCUCCUCCUCCCCCCUUCUUCCCCGCAGGCCAUCGAGUCCCAGCUGAACGUCACCCUGGCCGAAGACCUGGGCGAGGCGCUGGCCAAUGGGGUGAUCCUCUGCCAGCUGGUCAAUCACCUGCGCCCUCGAGCCGUGCCCUUCAUCCACGUGCCCUCCCCGGCUGUGGUGAGCCUUUGGGGUCGGGGAGCCUGCCAGACCCCCAAGUCCACAAGAACGUCCCCUGUGCUCCUGACAGAUCAGGGGCUCCCAAGCUGCCCCCUUGGACCCAUAAACUCUUUUUUUUUAUAUAAAUUUAUUUGGUUUUUCAAAUUAAGAGUUUUACAAUUGCAUAUCCAGCAUACAACAUAAAAACAAGCGUCUCCUGGAUUUCUUCUGGGAAGCUUUUAAUGUUUAAUAGGUUUAUUAUUCCCUCCUCCCCUUUGUGAGUCUUAUUGUUAAACAUUUCCUCCUGCAUCUUUCAUAAUAAUACAAAUCUCUCACAUCUCCCUUAUAUCCAAAAUUCACCAUGAAACUACAAGGGUUAUUCCAGUCCUACUAAUGAUGUUUACAAUGGUCUUUAAGAUAAGUUAUAAAUUUUCCCCAUUAUUAACGUUUUGUGUUCCUGAUGGCAAAAACGGCCGGAAGAAUCAGAAAUCAGGAAGACCUUGGACCCAUAAACAUAAUAAUAAUAAUAAUAAUAAUAAUAAUAAUAAUAAUUUAUUAUUUAUACCCCGCCCAUCUAACUGGGUCUCCCCAGCCACUCUGGGCGGCUUCCAACCAAAUAUCAAAAACAAUACAGCGUCAGACAUUGAAAACUUCCCUAAACAGGGCCGCCUUCAGGUGCCUUUUAAAAGUAAAAUAGUUGUUUAUUGCCUUGAUAUCUGCUGGGAGGGCGUUCCACAGGGCAGGCGACACCACCGAGAAGGCCCUCUGCCUGGUUCCCUCCCCUACGAAGGACAUACCAUAUUUUUCGCUCUAUAGGACGCACUUUUUCCCCUUCAAAAAUGAAGGGGAAAUGUGUGUGCGUCCUAUGGAGCGAAGAUGCCAUAGCCCCGCGACCCUCUCCCGGCUGGAGGGUGACGCGCGGCUAUGGCAGGAACCUCUACAGCCCCGUGUCACCUCUCCAGCCGGGAGAGUGCGCGCGCUGGGCUAAAGCAGCCCCCUGCGACCCUCUCCCGGCUGGAGAGGUGACGCGCGGCUAUGGCAGGAGCCUCUCUGCUGCGCCUUUCCGCUGCUCCCUGACCUGCUCUUUGGGGCUGGUGGUGGGCUUCCCCCCGCCAGCCCCAAAGAGCAGGUCGACAGGAACCUGAAGCCUGGAGAGCGAGAGGGGUCAGUGCACACCGACCCCGCUCGCUCUCCAGGCUUCCAACGUAUCCGCCUGAACGCACCUUAAACGGCACCUUGUUUUAGAGCGGGAAAACAAGAGGGGAAAGUUCUCCCCUCUCUGUGAAGCGCCUCCUGCUGCUUCACUGAACGGGCGCUGGGCAGAGAGGGGGAAAAAUUUUUUUUCUUGUUCUCCCCCCUCUAAAACAAAGUGCGUCCUAUUGUCCGGUGCGUCCUAUGGUGCGAAAAAUACGGUAAUUCAGAAUAGCGGUUUUGUUUCUACGACCCGCUAAUAACAAUAGAAUUCAAAACGGUAGCAGUUGCUGCUGAUUCAAAAUUCGGUUUAAGCUACUUAAGUUUGAUCGGUUCAACAAAACGAAUGGGCACUGGAUGCCAGUUCCCUCCUGGCACUACCCACCCCCCUCGCCUCUGAGCUCCCCCAUAGGUGAUGCUCCCGCCCCAGGGGCACCUAGACCAGGUCUGCCCAGCCCGAGGGGUGCGAGAAGCUGCCUUAGGUCAUUGCUUCACCCAGCUUAGUACGGCCUGCACUGGCCGGCAGCAGCGGCUGCCCAGGACUUUAGGCAGAGAAGAAUCCCCGCCAGCCCAGCCCUUCUGCGUGCCAAGCGGGUAGCCCUCCCCUUGGGCAUUGCUGAGCUGACCACCUCUCUCUCUCCCUCUCAAAACAGCCAAAGCUGAACGCCAUCAAAAGCCGGAAGAACGUGGACAGCUUCUUGGCCGCCUGCCGCCAGCUGGGGCUCCCGGAGGUGAGGUUGGGCAUCUGCGGGGGUCUAGUUUGUGUGCUGCUGCUUGCUUGUGCCUGCUGGGGAGGGAGAAUUGGGUGGGGGGGACACACAGGAAGACCCUCCUUUGAGAAAUGGCCCCCAAGCCCUGUUUUUACACAACACACACACUCUUUCCAUUCCUGUUCACACAUUGCCCCCAACUCCCUCCCAGUACAACUCAGAACCGUAGAGUUGGAAGGGACCCCCGAGGGUCAUCCAGCCCAACCCCCCGGCUCAGGCAGCCACCCAACCCCUGCUUAAAACACCUAGGGAGGAGAGCCCGCCAGUUUGCGAGCGGGUCCGUUCCGCUCUCAAACAGCUCUUGCCGCCCGAACAUUAUUCCUCACGCUUGGCCGGAAUCUCCUCUCUUGCCGUUUGAAGCCGUGGGUUCAGAUCCUGCCCUCUGAAAGCCAGCUGGCUCCAUCAUCCACAGGAUCAUAGAAUGGUACAGCUGGAAGGGACACCGGGGGGUCAUCCAUCCCAACCCGCUGCAAUGCAGGGAUCUCACGGUGGCCGUUGGGCAAACAAGUCCCGGUUUCCGGUCCGACUGCCCUUCCCUGCAGACUGUGAGCCCCCUCCCUCCCCACCCGCAGGCUGCCGACCUUCCUCUGUGUGCUAGCGGUGUUUUUUUUGUGUGUCUUCUGUGUUCUCUCCCCUCUGCCACAGGUCUCUCUCUGCUCCGCCUCCGACGUGGCCGCCCUCCUGCAAGGCAACGUCCGCGGCUUGCUCCGCCUCCUCGAGGCCCUGCUGCCGCUGCCAUCGCCGCCGCCCGCGCCCCCCGGGGGGGGCAGGCCCCUCGCCCCGCCCGCCCUCUCCGAACACCUCGCUGGCUUUGGCGUCUUCUAUGUCGUCCUCAUGCUCCUCCUCUACUUCGCCUAUCGCAACCUCUGCGGCUGCUGAGCGUGCGGGCAGGGGGGGUCCCCGGCCACCCCCACCGGGCAGGAACAGGUUCUCCAGGGCAGACGUGGGUCAGGGCGCGUGCCCCACACUCCCCAGGGUGCGUGGAAGUCAGGGUGUCAGCAGUGCAGUCGAAGCGGGACACAGACAAAUACCAUUUUUCCCGAGGCCAGCGAUCCCUGCAAUUCCCCCCCAAUAAUAAUAUUAAUAAUAAUAAUAAUAGCUCUCCCUUCCCCAGUCAGAAUUAGCUCCCUCUGCCAGGCCCAAGGGGCAGGGGGGAGUUCAGGGCAGCCCCCCCAUGGCACCUGCCGUUCGGUCUCUUCUGUGCCUUGUUCCCCUAGCGAAAGGUGUUUUGGGGGGCCGUUAUUUUGGCCGGGGGGGAGAAGCCGCCAACUUCCUCCACCCCUCGGUUCACAUGCACUUAAAACUGCGUUGCACUAAUUCACGAGUGCCUGCAGGGGGGAGUUGGGUGCGUGCGGCAAGGGAGCACUUACAGGCCCCCCCCCCAAAAAAAAACCUUAGGCGGUCCUAAAGCCUUGGCCCACGCACUCCGACACUGUAAGGUCUUCGCUGCCCCUGACCUCACACACAGAGCACGUCUCUGAACCAAAUGUCACCCCCUACCCCAGAUUUUGUGCCCGCUCCCCUGCGCUGGCAAACCUUUGAGGGGCUCGGCUGUUCCGCACCCCAAAGUAUGCCCUGGGGCAUCUCAGUUUGUGGGCUAAAGGCCACUUCUUCCUCAAAUGCCCUUGCCCCCCCUCGAAUCCUUUCGGGGUUCCCUGUUCUGGACCUCUUCCCUUUUUGGGGCUUCUCGGGAGCACCCGACGCUGGACUCGCACUCCUGCCCUUCCUUUAAUCCAAACGUGCAAUUUCUGAAGGUCCACGGAGGGAGGGAGAGAUGGGGGCAUCUGCCGUGUUCCAGCCCACCCCAUAAUCUCUCUGGCACGGUGCACCCCCCAAGUCCGGGGUGGCGUUGUGGGGGGUGGGGAGGCCUUCAACAGGUGACAGGAAUCACCUUAAUUCAGGGCAAAAGCGGCUCCUCUUUCUAGAGACGGCUGCAGUCAAAAUUCCAGCCCCUUCUAGUCUCGCUCCCCAUCUCCGCUGCCUUAAAUAUAUUAAAUUAUACAUAUAUAUUUUAUAUAAAUAUAUAAAUAUAUAUAUAUAUAUAUAUUUGAAGAGAAGAAGAUUAUGGAAUACUGUAAUGUAAAGGGAAAAAAUUUUUUUUUUUGUCUUUUUAAGCAUGUACAGAAUUGUAAAUAUGUGGUGCUCUCCAUCGAUCGCCUGCCCCCCUCUCUUGAGCAGGGGGGGGCAAAAAUCUUUUUCAAGGGCUUUGGGGUUGUUGUUUUCCCUCCCCCUUUUCACGGUCCCCCCCCACCCCACCAAAAAAAAAAAGGACUGCUGUACAUUCUGCAUUUGUGUUCUUCUUGCUUUUUUUGUUCCUUCUCGAGAGGCGGCUCCUGCGUUUUGUGUUUUGUUCCUCCUCGCCUCGACUCCUGUACAUUGUAAAAUACCAAGAAAUGAAUUCUUCUUUUUUUUCCAAACGACGGCGGCAGCAGCAGCCUUUGUUUCUUCCUUCCGCCUCCUUCGUCUUCUGGGUUGUCUUUGUACUUUUUCCUUCCUGUAACCGCUGGUGGGGUGGGAGCAAGUUUGCUUUCGCAAUCCGUGUUAUGGGGUCGGUGCGGGUUGCGGUCUGACGGUCAGAACUUGCUGGUGGGAGUUGUAGUUCAGCGGUUGGGAGUUGUAGUUCAGCGGGGGGGGGGGUUCCCAAAGCCUCCCUCCCUCCACCCACUGCAGAACCCACCCUGACCUCGAAUGUGCGCAUGCACACCUUUUCCCGCCGGCAAAGGGAGAUGUGCGUGGCUCAGGCGCACUUUUCCACCGGCUCCUGUGUCCAGCCGGGCAGAUGUGGGAGGCCGUCUCGGCCAGCAGCGCCUGGCCAGACCGUCCUCCUUUGGCUUGCCCUACCGAGAGAAGCACCGCCCGCCGUUGCUAACUUCUGCCCCCCCCUCCCAUGCCCCCCACCCCUCAGGAGUCUCUCUGCUCCCCCCACCACGUGCUGGAAGAGGAGGGUCUGCCCCGCGUGGCCGAGACGGUUCGGACUCUGCUGGCAACGGGCUGCGCUGCCCCACCUCUGGGGCGCCAGAAGACCUAGGCGGACCGGACAGGGUGGCCUAGGCGGACUGGACAGCAGGGACUGCGCCGAUCCGAAACUUGCAGGGCGGCAGUGCAGAACCGUAAUCGCUCAGGGAUCUCCGUCCAAAGAAGAGGAGCCGGGAGCUUUCCCCACAGGGAAACGGACUCCGCGUUCAAAAGGGGCGAGAGGGCAAGACCCCUUUGUCAAUGGCUCUCCUCCCGUGGAUGGGAAGCUUCUCUCCAAAUUCAACAAGAACAUUUGUGUGUUUUUUUGCAUUUGUGCACAUGUCGGUGAGGUUGCAUUUAAAUAAGCAGCUGCCUCAGUUGCGUUGUCCAUUAGCAAAGCCUGUUCUAUCGGUCCUGGGAUUAUGAAAUACGGGGCAGAAAGUCCUGACCUCUUCUUAAAAACUUCCAGCCACUCUCAGCGCCCAGCCCUCCU